CUCGGGGAUUAUGACUUGAACCAAUUCAAAAUAGAAAGAACCAAUUUUCAAAUACAUAUAGAAUUUUUUGUUAAAUACAUACAUAUAUAUAUAUUUUUCUAAAUAUAUAUAUAUAAAAGAAGAAAGUUUAAAGUAUACAUAGAGUUUUUUUACAACAACGAAGUUAUAAAUUUAGUGAAAACGAUUUAAAGCAAAUAAAGGAUAUCAAUAAACACUUUUAACACGAAUAGUAAAAUUUACAACAAAUCUAGUAAAGUGUGUGUAGCAGAUUAAUAAUAAAUAAAAAUAAAAAAAUUAGAAAACGGUCAUUUAUUUUGUGAAAAUAAAAUAAAAUUCACCCUCAACAGGAAACAAGGAAAGAUUAGAAAAUAAAGAAAAGAGAUUUAAGAACGACCAAAACGACAAAGAAAAGUUCAACAACUAUUUUCGCGCUACACCACCGCCCAGUUUAGAGAACAGCAAAUAAGUGCAGUACACCCCAAUACAACGCCUCGCACACUCUCUCACACACAGAGUGUUGCAAUAGCCAAACGAAUUUGUGUAUUUUGUUCAAUAACAUUUUAAAUGCUAUAUAGUGUUAUAUAACGAUCUAAAAUGCAACGACAAAAUCCCUCGGAUCAACAGUUGCAACAGCAACAGCAGCAACAAUUCAUGCAAAUCCAGCAAACGCAAACCCAUCAAGAAGUGCAUCAGCAGCAACAAAGGAUCAGCCGCACUGAACAUCAUGUUCAAAGGAGUCAAGUUACCACUCACCAAAGAGUGGAACAACAUGGCGGCACUUAUGUACCCCCCGGUAUAACACAUGUGUAUGCUCAGGGUGACAUCUCACCACCGGUUUUCGAACAAAUCUUUAAGAAUGCCCGCUUCGCUCAGGGCGGCAAUGCCUUGUUCGAAGGUAAACUUCGUGGCAAUCCAAAACCAUUUGUCAGCUGGACUCGGAAAGGCGCACCCCUUCUCGAAUCGCAAAAGUUCCAUAUGAAUUACAACGAAGCCACUGGCGAGGUAUCCCUGCUCAUCAAUCAAAUUGGUCCCGGUGAUGAGGGCGAAUAUACCUGCACCGCUCGCAACCAAUAUGGCGAGGCCAUUUGUAGUGUCUACAUUCAACCCGAAGGCGCUCCCCCAAUUCAACCGGUGCAAAAAUUCGAAAAGAGUUUGUACACCAAUGGUUAUUCGUUUACCUCGGUCCAGGAGGAGUUCCGUGUGGACACUUUUGAGUAUAGACUUUUGCGUGAGGUGUCCUUCCGUGAGGCCAUCACUCGUCGUUCGACCUACGAGUCGGAUUACCAUCUGUGUCAAGAAGUUGACCGUGCCUUGGGCCCGGCUCAUGCUCCACAAAUUGGCCAGAAACCUCGCAACUCGAAAUUGGUUGAAGGUUCUGAUGCUGUGUUCACUGCCAAGGUUGGAUCCAAUCCCAAGCCCCGUUUAACUUGGUUCCACAAUGGCCAACGUUUGGUGCAAUCCAACAAAUACGACAUCUCCUACUCGAAUGGCACAGCCAGCAUGCGCAUCAAGAACGCCACCCACAAGGAUGCUGGUCAUUACACUUUACUUGCCGAAAACACCCAAGGCUGUGUUGUGUCGUCUGCCGUGUUGGCUGUCGAAGCCGCUGCCGAGUCUGGUUAUGAGCCCAAACCUGUGGACACCACAGCUGAGCAAUUGGAAGCUGGCAAAGCUUUGCCACCUUCCUUCGCCAAGGCCUUUAUGGAUCGUGAGGUUACCGAAGGUCGCAUGACCCGCUUUGAUUGCCGCGUCACUGGCAAUCCCUAUCCCGAGGUGUACUGGUUCAUCAACGGUCAACAGGUCAACGAUGAUGCCACCCACAAGAUUCUGGUCAACGAAUCCGGUAACCAUUCGCUGAUGAUCACCAAUGUCAGCCGCAUGGAUGCUGGCACCGUCCAAUGCUUGGCCCGCAACAAGGCUGGUGAAAUCGCCAUCGAAGCCCAGUUAAAUGUGCUCGAGAUGGAGCAAGUUGUCGCACCACAAUUUGUCCAACGCUUCAGCACUAUGACUGUGCGCGAAGGUGAGCCCAUCACCAUGAGCGCCAAUGCCAUUGGUACACCGACGCCACGCAUUACAUGGCAAAAGGAUGGCGUACAAAUCUCCUCGACUCCUGAUCGUUUCAUUGGCAUCGAUGGGGGUGCCACUUGCUUGGAAAUCCCACGCAUUAAACAAUCCGAUGCUGGUUGGUAUCAGUGUACUGCACAAAAUGCGGCCGGCUCAACGGCGAACCGUGCCCGACUCUAUGUAGAAGUUCCCAGAGAACAGCCACCAACAGAACAAAGACGUCUUAAUUUGCCAAGGCCAACGAAGAUUAUCGAACCAGAGCCCCAACCUGGUCCAGAAGUUAUUUAUUUGCGUCAUGUUGAACGCGCCAAGCCCCAGAGGCGUCCCGGCGAGGAAGAACGUGUCUAUCCACCACCACAAUUUAUUGUCCCAUUGCAAAAUGUGCAACAAGUUGAGGGUUCCAGGGUUCAUAUGGAAGCUCGCAUUGAACCUGUAGGCGAUCCCACGAUGGUGGUUGAGUGGUUCCUCAACGGCCGUCCCAUGGCUGCAAGCUCCCGUGCUACAUCCGUCUUCAAAUUCGGCUUUAUUGCCUUGGAUUUGUUGAGCGUCAUGUCUCACGAUUCCGGAGAAUAUUUGUGUCGUGUCACAAAUGCUUCCGGUGUGGCCGAGUCGCGUGCCAUACUCUCGGUUACUCAACGUCCUUCGAUUGAGCAAACCUCCCAAAAUCCAAACAGCCUUCAAUACAUCAGCCAUUUGGAAGAUUACUCUCGUUACCAACGGCAAGAGAGCACCGAUGAGAUGAUGAAGCAAUUGCCAGUCUUCAUCCGUCCCUUGCAUGAUAUGGGUGACCUUGAAGAGGGCAAAAACGCUCACUUUGAGGCCCAACUUAAUCCCGUCAACGAUCCCAGCAUGCGUGUAGAGUGGUACAAGGAUGGUCGCCCCAUUACUGCCAGCUCUCGCAUCACAGCCAUUUUCAACUUUGGCUAUGUCUCCUUGAACAUCAUGCACCUGCGUGCAGAAGAUACCGGCACUUACACUGUACGUGCUGUCAACAGCAUGGGAGAAGCCGUCAGUACCGCCAAUAUUCGUGUCAACGUACGCUCCCAAGUUACUGGCGAUUUGGGUAUCCCAGAACAACAGCGCUACAUCGAGAAGGUGGAGCAACUCGAAGACUACAGAAUGGCCCAAAAGAGGCGCCAUGUUCAUGAGGCUCCUGAGCCAAUUGCUCCACCCCAAUUCAAAACCCAGAUACAAAAUCAAGUCGAUAUGCGUGAAGGUGGUCAUGCCCACUUUGAGGCCCGCCUUGAACCAUCUGGAGAUUCCACCAUGCGCAUUGAGUGGUACAAGGAUGGUCAGCCCUUGGAGGCCAGCUCUCGCAGUACCACCUUUUUCAACUUUGGCUAUGUGGCUCUUACCAUCAAACAACUGACCAUCUAUGAUGCCGGCACCUAUACCUGCCGUGCCUACAACUCUAUGGGUCAAGAUGUUACCCAAGCCCAAUUGAGUGUUAUCUCGAAGAACGAAAUCGUAUAUGACUCGCAACAUCCAGGAGGCUUGCAGAAAAUCCAACAUUUGGAGGAUUCCUCCCGCUAUGGUCGCAGCCAAGAGGAGGAGGUGACGGUAACCCAAGCUCCUCGCUUCUUGGGUCCCAUGAAGGGUACCAACAAAAUCAUCGAGGGCCAAAAGGCCCACUUUGAGGCACGCGUCGAGCCCCAGAGCGACUUGACUAUGCGCAUCGAGUGGUAUCACAACGGCCAGCCCAUUACUGCCGCCAACCGCAUCCAAACUUACUACGACUUUGGCUAUGUGGCCUUAGAUAUUACCCAAGUUCGUGCUGAAGAUGCUGGUGUCUACACUGUGGUGGCCAGAAACAAGCUGGGUGAAGCCCAAUUGCAGGCAACAAUGGUUGUAGAAACUCGUUCCAGCAUUGAUACAUCCAGCAUGCACCGUGGUCUUUAUGAGAAGACACAGCAUUUGGAGAGCAGGCAAUUCGUGGAACCCCAUUACGAUGUCGAGGAAAUCUCCAAAUCCAAACCUAUUUUCGUUCAACCUCUUUCGGAUCCCAAGCCCAUUCAUGAAAGCAAGAAUAUUCAUUUGGAGUGCCGCUUGGAACCCAUGGGCGAUCCCACCAUGCGCGUCGAAUGGUUCCACAACGGUCGUCCCAUUACUGUGGGCUCCCGCUUCCGCACCUACUACGAUUUCGGUUUCGUAGCUUUGGAUAUCAUUCAAGCCACCUCCAGUGAUUCCGGCGAAUACACCUGCCGUGCCACCAACCACUUGGGUACUGCCCAUACCUCCGCCUGCGUUCGCGUCAUUGAUCGUUCUGACAUUGUCACUGAGACCCAGAACGAAAUGUCCCUGGAGCAUAUCCAGCAAUUGGAGGAAGCUGCCCGUCGUCGUCAUGUUGGCGAAGAUGACAUCACCAUCAUGCAAGCUCCUCAAUUCACCCGACCAUUGCACAACGUCGAGACAAUGGAAGGAACAAACGUCCAUUUGGAGUGUCGUUUGCAGCCCGUAGGAGAUCCCAGCAUGCGAAUUGAAUGGUUUGUCAAUGGACAACCGCUUAAGACUGGCCAUCGUUUCCGCCCAGCUUACGAAUUCGAUUAUGUGGCCCUUGAUUUGUUGGGCUGCUAUGCCGUCGACUCUGGUGUCUACACUUGCCAGGCCAGAAAUCAAUUGGGCGAAGCUGUAACCUCCUGCUCUGUGCGAAUCGUCGCUAAGAACGAUCUCAUCACUGAGACCCAAAAUCAAUCUGGCUUGCAAAAGAUUGCUUAUCUCGAAGACUCUUCCCGCUAUCGUCGCAGUGAGUACGUAGAUGAGGAAAUUGUCACCAUUCCUCCACGUUUCCUCACGCAACCCAAGAAUCUUACCAACAUGCGCGAAGGAGGUCGUGCCCACUUCGAGUGCAAGAUUGAACCAGUAACCGAUCCCAACCUGAAGGUCGAAUGGUUCAAGAAUGGCCGUCCCAUUACUGUGGGCCACCGUUUCCGUCCCAUCCAUGACUUUGGUUAUGUGGCUUUGGACAUUGUUGAUCUCAUCGCCGAAGAUUCUGGUGUGUACACCUGCCAUGCGGUUAAUGCCAUUGGCUCCGCCGAAACCCAUGUGGAACUCAUGUGCCGCAGCUCUGAGCAAAUUGUAACUGUCACCCAGAAUGAGACUGGUCUUCAACAAAUCCACCACUUGGAAGAUCGCUCUCGCUACAGUCGCCGUGAAGAAGUCGAUGAAACAACAAGACAGGCUCCAGUCUUCACUACUUCCCUGAAGAAUGUCGAGAUUAAGGAAAAUCAACGUGCCCACUUUGAGUGCCGUCUGAUUCCAGUUUCCGACCCUUCGAUGCGUGUGGAAUGGUAUCACAACAACAUGCCCCUGAAGUCAGGUUCCCGUUUCACUGAGACCAACAACUUUGGUUUCGUGGCCUUGGACAUUAUGUCCUGCCUGCCCGAGGAUGCCGGUACCUACACUUGUCGUGCUUUCAAUGCCCUCGGUGAAGCAAUCACCUCUGCCGUAGCUAUAGUCCAUACCAAGAAAUCCAUCUAUGUGGAAUCUCAACACGAAAGCGCUCUUCCACGUCUGCAACAUUUGGAAGAGUCCACAAAACGCCAACGCAUGAGCGUCCAGGAGGAAACCAUCAACCAGGCUCCGGUCUUUACUUUGCCUUUGAGAGACUCACGUGUUGCUGAAGGCCAGGCGGUACACUUUGAGGCCCGCUUGAUUCCCGUAGGCGAUCCCCACUUGAAAGUCGAGUGGUUGCGCAACGGUCAGCCCAUUGAGGCCUCCAACCGCACUACCACCAUGCACGACUUCGGCUAUGUUGCUCUCAACAUGAAGUACGUUAACCCAGAAGACUCUGGCACCUACACCUGCCGUGCUGUCAACGAGCUGGGCCAGGCUGUCACCUCAGCCUCCUUGAUUGUGCAAUCCAAGACCUCCAUUCAAAUGGAAACCCAACAUGAGGCCGCAAUGCACAAAAUCCACCAGCUGGAAGGCCACACCCGUUAUCAGCGUCGUGAGGAGGAAGAGUAUGUAGUAACUCAGCCACCACGCUUUGUGACCAAACUUGUUGGCCCAGCCAAUCUUGUGGAAGGCCAAAGUGCUCACUACGAAUGUCGCAUUGAGCCUUACCCCGAUCCCAACCUUAAGGUGGAAUGGUUCCACAAUGGACAACCUUUGAGCACUGGUCACCGUUUCCGUACCACCUACGACUUCGGCUUUGCAGCUCUUGACAUUUUGACUGUUUACGCCGAGGAUAGUGGCGAGUACACUUGCCGUGUCACCAACAACUUGGGAGAAGCUGUAAACUCCGUCGUUUUGAACGUCCAAUCCAGAUCUGGCAUCAGCCAUGAAACUCAACACGAGGAGGCCCUGCAAAAGAUUCACCAUUUGGAGGGUGCUUCUCGCUACCAACGCAGGAUCGAAGAAGACACUUUCAUGGCCGAGCGUCCACAAUUCGGUCGCCCAUUGCGCAAUGCCAACACCAACGAAGGCAAGCCUGUGCACUUGGAGGCCACUCUUACGCCUGUCAAUGAUCCUACCAUGAAGGUAGAAUGGUAUUGCAAUGGCGUUCCCAUCCAAACUGGCCAUCGCUUUAAGACCACCUACGAUUUCGGUUUCGUAGCCUUGGAUAUUCUGUAUGCCCACGCCGAAGAUACUGGCACCUACAUGUGCAAGGCAAAGAAUGCCGUAGGGGAAGCUGUAACGACUUGUGCUGUAAACGUCACAGCAAACAAGACAUUGGAUCUCGACACUCUUGAUGCCGAGCGUUUGGAAAAGAUUCGCCAAUUGGAAUCCUAUGCUCCACCCAAGAGGGUUGAAGUUGAGGAGAAAGGUCAAAAACCAAUCUUCCUGACACCUCUGAGCAAUUUGGAGCACUUGAAGGAAGGCGAACACGCUCACUUGGAGUGUCGUGUGGAACCAAUUAAUGACCCUCACUUGAAGAUCGAAUGGUUCUGCAAUGGCAAACAGCUGCCACUUGGCCAUCGUUAUAGAACAACUCACGAUUUCGGUUAUGUCGCCUUGGACAUCUUGUAUGUCUAUGGUGAGGAUACCGGCACCUACAUGUGCAAGGCCACCAACUUCCUGGGUGAGGCGGUUAACACAUGCAAUGUUCGUGUUUUGAAUCGCCGCAGCAUGAUUUUGGACACCCAACAUCCUGAUGCGCUGGAGAAGAUCCAGAAACUCGAAUCUAGGGCAGUGGCUACACGUACCGAAAUCAGUGACCAACCCAUUAGUCCACCACAUUUCACUGUUCAGUUGCGUGGAACCGCUGAAAUUCAUGAAGGUGAAACCGCUCACUUUGAAGCCCAAGUGCAACCAGUGCACGAUCCCAACCUGCGUAUUGAAUUCUAUCACAACGGAAAACCCUUGCCAUCUGCUUCACGUUUCCACAUAACCUUUGACUUCGGGUAUGUCUCACUUGACAUUACCCACACUGUGGCCUCUGAUGCCGGCGAAUACUCUGUGCGCGCCGUUAACGCACUUGGCCAGUGCGUGUCAUCGACCAAUUUACGCGUCAUUGCCCGUGGCACCAUCAUUUCUGACAGCCAACAUCCUGAAGGUUUGGAGAAGAUUCGCAAGUUGGAAUUGUCAUCUCCCUUCCAACGCCCUGAAGUGGAAACUCCUGGAACUUUGCAGCGUCCUGUAUUCACCCAACCCUUGCAGAAUAUCGACCGUAUUAACGAACACCAAACUGCUCACUUUGAGUGCCGCUUGAUUCCCGUGGGAGAUCCCAAUCUUAAGGUCGAAUGGUACCGCAAUGAGAAGAUCAUUGAGGACAGCUCUCGCAUUACCAAACAACACGAUUUCGGCUUUGUCUCCUUGGACAUUUCUCACAUUCGUAAAGAAGACGAAGGUGUUUACAUGUGCCGUGCCGUCAAUCCUCUGGGCGAGGCUGUUACCACCGCUUCUAUGCGCGUUGUUUCUGAGGCUAGUAUCCAAAUAGAUACUCAACAUCCAGACAGUAUCAGCCGCAUUCAUCAAUUGGAGCGUCCACCGGCACCUCGUCCUUUAGAACCGGAGCGCACUUUCGAAAAGCCCAUUUUCACUCAGCUCCUCACUGGACCCUCUGAGGUAUGGGAAGGUCAACAUGCUCACUUUGAGGCCCGUGUUGUACCUGUUGGUGAUCCUUCUUUGAAAUUCCAAUGGUUCAUCAACGGUGUUGAAUUGAAGAUGGGCUCCCGCUUGAGAACAACCAACGAUUUUGGUUUCGUCACCCUUGACAUCAACGCCAUCGUUCCCGAAGAUGCUGGUAUCUACAUGUGCCGUGCUUACAACGAAGCCGGUGAAGCUGUUUCAUCCACAUCCAUGAAGGUCAAGGCCAAGGCCAAUAUUUCCGGCGAAUCAUUGAUUCCCGAGUCAUGGGAAGCUAUUCGUCUCAAAGAGGCCUCCUUGAACCGCGUACCCGAGAUGUUUGUGGAUAACACACCCCAACAAGCCCCAGUCUUCACUACCCACUUGCAGAGCUACGACAAGUUGAGCGAAGGCCAGCAUGUUCUCCUUGAAGCUCAAGUAGAGCCUCGUGCUGAUCCUAACUUGCGAAUUGAAUGGUUCAAGAAUGGCAUCUCCCUCACAACUGGCUCCCGCAUUCGCAGCACCUUCGACUUUGGUUUGGUCACCCUUUCCGUCAAUGGAUUGCGUGCUGAUGACUCGGCUAUUUACACCUGCAAGGCCACCAACCAAAUUGGAGAAGCCGUUUCCACCUGCACUCUUAAGAUUGAGGACCGCCAUUGGUUGCAAGGCGAAUCCUUGCAUCCUGAUUCUUUACCUCGCAUCGGCGAAUUGGAGGCACCCAAGCCUGGCCGUCCUGAAGCUGCCGAACCCGUGUAUGAAACCCCCGUGUUCAUCACUCACUUGAACAACAUUGAGUGCAAAGAAAACGAAAGCGGUCGCUUCGAGUGCAACGUUGAACCUUCUCGCGAUCCCACUAUGCAGAUUGAGUGGUUCUACAAUGGCCAACCAUUGCAGGCUGCCGCCAAAUUCAAGUCCAUCUACGACUUCGGAUACUGCGCCUUGGACAUGUCUAAUCUGUAUGCCGAAAACAGCGGUGUAUACACCUGCAAGGCCACCAACAGCAAGGGCUCUGCCACUACCUCGGGCACUCUUAAAUGCUCUAGCGGCAAGCUUAUGUUCUUGGACACUCAACAUCCACAAGGUGAAGCGGGCAUGGAAGCCAUUCAGGAAACCGAGGCCGAAUUGGCCAAUCGUUAUGCUCGCCAAGAAUCCAAGCCCGAAACUCAAUAUCCCGCUCCCGUAUGGACCAAACCUCUGCAUGCCGAGUUCCACUUGUCUGAAGCCCAACCUUUGCAUUUGGAGGGUAACGUUGAACCUAAGGAAGAUCCUAACCUGUUUAUUGAAUGGUACUUCAAUGGCAAAUUGUUGCAACAUGGUUCGCGUUUCAAGAUGACCAGUGAGUUUGGUUUCGUAACCAUGGAUGUCAUUGAAAUCUAUGCCCGCGACCAAGGUAUCUACACUUGCAAGGCCUAUAACAAGGCUGGAGAGGCCUUCACCUCUACCACCAUCUUCUGCGACUCCAAGGACAACAUCAUCGACAAGACUCAACAUCCUAAGGGUGCUGAGGGUCUUGAACAAAUCCAAGACUUGGAAGAGUCUCUACGCAAGGAUGGCGAUAAGACCGAUAAGGAGGAGGAGGGUAUGGCUCCACGUUUCACCACCGAAUUCACCAACAUUGCCGAUAUCGGUGAGGGUGAAAUUGCUCACUACGAGGCCAAUCUCAUACCAACUGGAGAUCAAAGUAUGGUCAUUGAGUGGUUCUUCAAUGGCAAGGUUCUCGAGGCCAGCCAUCGUGUGCGCACCAUCUACGCCUUUGGAAUGGUGGCUUUGGAGAUUCUCGGCACCAAAAUCGAGGAUUCCGGCACCUACACCUGCCGUGCCACAAACAAAUACGGCUCGGCCGAGAUCAGUUGCACUUUGGAAUGUGUUGAGAAGCCACGUGGUCAGAAGCCCGUAUUCACCACCCACAUUCAAUCGGUCGAAGGUCUCAAGGAUGGCCAAUCGGCUCACUUUGAGUGCACCCUCAUCCCUGUCAAUGAUCCUGACCUCAAGGUUGAGUGGUACCACAAUGGCAAACUUAUGCGUCACUCCAAUCGCAUCAAGACCGUAUCCGAUUUCGGUUAUGUGGUUUUGGAUAUCUCCUACUUGCAAGACCAUGACAGCGGCGAAUAUGUCUGCAGGGCUUACAACAAAUAUGGCGAGGACUUCACUCGCGCCACCCUCAACUGCCGUGGACGUGGCGGUGUCUUCUAUGACACUUUGCAACCCGAUUCCUUGCAAAGAAUUAGGGAAUUGGAAUGCCCUCAAGGCCAAAAGGGCGAUACCUCUGCCCCUGUGGUUGCUGAACCGCCCAAAUUCAUCACACAAAUCAUGGAUGUCACCAAGCUGGUCGAAGGACAAAGUGCUCACUUUGAAGCUCGCCUCACUCCCAUCACCGAUCCCGAUCUCAGGGUGGAAUGGUAUUUCAAUGGCGAGAAACUGCCCCAUGGCCACCGUUUCCGCACUUUCCACGAUUUUGGUAUUGUUAUCCUGGAUAUUUUGUAUUGCUACGAAGAAAACUCUGGCGUUUAUGAGUGCCGUGCUGUCAACAAAUACGGCGAGGAUUCUACAAAGGCCACACUCAAGUGUACCUCCAAGGCCAAUUUGAUUUUGGAUUCCCAAUUGCCACGCGGCAUGGAAGGUGGCUUGGAGAAGAUUGCCAAUCUCGAGUACAGCAUGGUCCGCACUCGCGAUGAAAAUGUUGAGGAGUCCAAAGGCAAGGCUCCCGUAUUCACUGUCCCAUUGGAGAACAUUGACAAUAUGCGCGAGGGAGAAAAUGCUCACUUUGAAGCCCGUAUUACUCCCGCCGACGAUCCUAAGCUCCGCGUCGAAUGGUUCUGGAAUGGUCGCCCACUUAAGGCUGGUUCCCGCUUCCGCACCUUCUGUGACUUUGGCUUUGUCAUUUUGGAAAUCUCUCCUGUGUAUCCUGAGGACUCGGGCGAGUACUCUUGCCGUGCCAUCAACGAGUAUGGUGAGGCCGUUACAUCUGCCACCAUGAAAAUCCAAGGCAAACGCAGCAUCAUCAUGGAGUCUCAAUUGCCCAAGGGCAUGGAGGGAACCAUCGAUCGCAUUGCCGAACUUGAAGGUUUGGGCGUGCGUAGCACCGAAUUCGCUCCCGACGAUGAUACUGGCAAGCCCCCAGAAUUUGUUACCACUCCCUUCGAUAUGGUCAUCAAUGAAAAUCAAUUGGCCCACUUCGAGUGCCGCUUGCAACCCAUCAAUGAUCCCAGCAUGCGUGUCGACUGGUUCCACAAUGGAAAGGCCUUGUGGUCCGGCUCUCGCAUUAAGACUAUCAAUGACUUUGGUUUUGUAAUCUUGGAAAUUGCCGGCUGUUAUCAACGCGAUAGCGGUCUUUACACUUGCAAAGCCACCAACAAACAUGGUGAAGCUACAGUUUCCUGUAAAUUGCAAGUCAAGGGUCGCCAAGGCAUUGUCAUGGAGCCACAAUUGCCCUCGAACUUCCGCACUGGUACUGAGAGCUUGCAGAAACUCGAAGAGAGCAUGCACAAACGCGAAGAAAUGAUCAUCGAUGAAGAACAGCCCAAUCCACCAAGAUUCACUGAGGAGAUCAAGGACAACCUCGAUGUUCAAGAGGGAGGACCCAUACACUUCGAUUGCCGCGUUGAACCUGUUGGUGAUCCAACCAUGCGCAUUGAUUGGUUCUACAAUGGCCGUUCUUUGGCCACCGGUUCCCGUGUGCAUCAGCUCAACGAUUUCGGCUUCAUCGCUUUGGACAUUGAUUACAUCUACGCCCGUGAUUCUGGCGAAUACACCUGCCGUGCCACCAACAAAUGGGGCACAGCUACCACCACUGCCAAGGUUACCUGCAAGGGCAAGAGCAGCAUUGUCUACGACACCCAAUUGCCUGAUAGUAUGACAGCCCAAAAAUUGAAGGAACUCGAACAGGGCCGCAUACCCGAAGUACCCCAAGAGGAAGAAACCGAAUUCGGCCCUCCAAUGUUCAUUACCGAAAUUGCUUCCCAAACUGUAGAAGAAGCCGAGGCAGUGCGCUUCGAAUGCCAGGUCGAACCAAAGAACGAUCCCAACUUGCGAGUGGAAUGGUAUCGCAAUGGCAAGUUGUUGCCCUCUGGCCACAGAUACAGAAACAUCUUUGAUAUGGGCUUUGUGUCCUUGGACAUUUUGUAUGUUUACAAUGAGGAUUCGGGUGAAUAUGUGUGCAGGGCAUACAACAAACAUGGUGAAGCUCGCACCAAGGCCACCGUCUCAUGCAAGAAAUUGCCAUCGAUUAUGUUGCAAAAUCAAGUGCCACGUGGCAUGAAACGCUCUGAAACGUUGACGCAAAUGGAGGCCACCAUCAAGAAGUAUACCUCCGAGGUGCAUUUGACAGAGGAUGAUCUUUUCGAUCCUGAUCGCAAGCAACCACCUCGUUUCGUUACCCAAAUCAAGGAUCAGACCAAUCUUACUGAAAUGGCUAAGACAAAGUUCGAAUGCCAAUUGGCUCCAGUGGGUGAUCCAAACAUGAAGGUGGAAUGGUUUUUCAAUGGCAAGCCAUUAUUGUACAAGAAUCGAUUCCAGCCUAUUUACGAUUUCGGUUAUGUAGCCAUGAACUUUGGCUGGGUCUAUCCCGAGGACAGUGGCGAAUAUGUGUGCCGUGCCACCAACCUGUAUGGCAAGGAUGAGACCAGAGCUGUCAUCAAGGUAGCUGGUAAGCCAGGAAUUGUCUAUGAUUCCCAAUUGCCAGCCCAUAUGCAUAGUAUUGAUCGCAUUCGCGAAAUGGAAGCCUCCUGGCAAGUGGUACCCGAGGAAGUUGAUCCAGACGCCAAGCCCAGAUCCAAACCAGCAUUCGUUAGCAAACUGGAACCACAGACUGUGGAAGAGGGUGAAUGUGCCAGAUUCUGUGUGCGCGUAACCGGUCAUCCCAGACCAAGAGUUAUGUGGUUGAUCAAUGGCCAUACUGUAGUACAUGGUUCACGCUACAAGCUCACCAACGAUGGUAUGUUCCAUAUGGAUAUUCCCAAGACACGUCAAUAUGAUACUGGCAAAGUUGAAGUCAUUGCUCGCAAUUCUGUGGGUGAAGCCAUUGCCAGCACCGAAUUAAAUGUAGUGGCUCGUUCCGAUGAUUUCCGCGGUGUGCUUAAGAAUUCACCACGUCCUUGGUAUGAUUAUGAACUUGCCGCCUAUCAAAAGGAACGUCAAGAGAAUGAACUUGAGAAGGUAUUUGAUGAGCGUAAACAAUAUUUGGCCGAAAAGAGUGGCACCUUGAAGGGCGUUGAACAUCUCAAGCCCAAACAAUACAAGCCUGGCACUACAGAAUGGCAGGAGGCUGUACACAAGAAGAAGACCGAAAACUAUUACAACAAGUUGCAGACUUUGGACAAUGAGCUCUUGUUGAAGGAGACCAAUUUGCGUAAGGAUCACCAUCAAUAUGCUAUACCCGGCGAAAAGAUUGUCAGCAGUUCCCAGGCCCGAGGCAUGGCCCAAUCCUAUGAGCAAAAUUUGCAAGAAGAUAAAUCCUCUACCACCACCAAAAAGUUCAUACAGAAGCCAACCAUGGAGCCCUCUGAAUCCUCAGUGCAUGGCCGCGAAGUGCAUAUGAACAAACAGCAACAGACCCAAAAGGAAGUUGUGGGUGAUAUGGAAAUUACGCGCAAGAUUACCGCCACCGAAACCACUGAAAUGGAACACAAGGGUACCAUUCAAGAGCGUGUGGUCAAGGGCCCCGUAAAGCCUGCCAAGCCCCCAGUAUUCACCAAGAAGAUCCAACCUUGCCGUGUCUUCGAGAAUGAACAAGCCAAAUUCGAAGUCGAAUUCGAUGGCGAACCCAUGCCCAAGAUUAAGUGGUUCCGUGAAAGCUUCCCCAUCCAAAGCUCUCCCGACUUGCAAAUCCACACCUUCAGUGGCAAGUCUGUCUUGAUCAUUCGUCAAGUAUUUGUUGAGGACUCAGCUGUGUUCUCCUGCAUUGCCGAAAACCAUGGAGGUACCGCCAAGUGCAGUGCCAACUUGGUUGUUGAAGAACGUCGUCGUGCUGGCAAGGGUGGCAUGUCUCCACCCAGCUUUGUCAACACCAUUCAAAGCACCAACGUGCAGACAGGCCAAUUGGCUCGUUUCGACGCUAAGGUCACUGGUAGCCGCCCCAUGGAUGUCUACUGGAUCAAGAAUGGCAUGAAGAUCCAACCCAGCAUUAAAUUCAAGAUGCUCGAGGAGGAUAGCAUUCACACUUUGCUGAUUAUUGAGCCCACCGCUGAAGACACUGGCCGCUAUGAAUGUGUAGCUGUCAAUGCCGCCGGUGAAGCUCGCUGUGAUGCCGAUUGUGUGGUACAGUCAUCAAAUGAACCCAAGAAGCCCCUAACCCCUGGCGUAGAGAAACCUCCUCAUAUUGUGGAACAAUUGAAGAGCCAAUCGGUUGAGGAAGGCAGCAAGGUGGUCUUCCGCUGCAGAAUUGAAGGCAAACCCACACCCACUGCUCGCUGGAUGCGUGGUGACAACUAUGUGAAGCCCUCUCGCUACUUCCAAAUGUCGCGUCAAGGCGAAUACUAUCAACUCGUCAUUUCCGAGGCCUUCCCCGAAGAUGAGGGCACAUACAAGUGCAUUGCUGAAAACAAAUUGGGCAGUAUUAAUACCAGUGCUCAAUUGAAGGUGCGACCAAUUGAGAAUUUGGAUGCUCCACCCACCAUUACCGCUCUGAAGGAUGUCAGUGUUCUGGAGGGCAUGCCAGCCCAAUUCAAGACAACUGUGACGGGCAAGGUGAAACCAACCAGUGUUCAGUGGUUCCGUGAAGGUGCUUUGAUUCCCGAAACACCUGAUUUCCAAAUGAUUUUCGAUGGCAAUGCUGCCGUGCUACUGAUCGGAACAACCUAUGAAGAAGAUUCCGGUGUAUUUACCGUACGUGCAACCUCUUCCACUGGACAAGCUGAAUCAUCAGCCAAAUUGACUGUAAAAAAACGCCGCUUCUCGGCUUAUCAAUUGGAAGCACUUGAUUCCACCGACGAGGACUCGUCCUCUGGCAGAGAGGAUAGCUAUCCCCCAUCCCCAAAUGGUUACCCACAACAGCAGCCCCCACAAUUCGGACCAUAUCUGGGAGUAAAUGGCCAAGUACCACAUGAAUCACGUUCGCGUACCAAGACCAAAAAACCACGCAGCAAAUCAUUGCAACCACAAUCGAAUAUUGUGCCCUGGCGUAAAGCAUCUCGCCCCCUGCGUGGUCGAUCUCUUGGUAAAUCACCCUUCUUGCCUGGUUUCAAACCAGAGCCCAUCAAAUCAUGGACUGAGGAGCAAAUUGAUCUUAAACCCGCUCAAAUUGAGAAGAAGGUGAUACCUAAGACCGAGGUGGCAAAGGUUGUCUUGAAAUCCAUUAAGAGUCAGCGUGAUCAGGGCUUGUUAAGCCUUGGAGCAACUCUCGACAAAAUCAUUGAGGGCAAGACGGAUAAUGAAGCCAUUCCAUGGAUUACAAUGCGUGACAAGCUACGUCAAGUGGAGACGGUUCAAAGGCAACUGGAGAAAUUCGAGUUGGACGAAGUGUAUUUGCGUGACUUUGAAUUGCCGAUUGUGACCGAUGCACAACAGCCGCAACAGGCCACACAUGAACAGGUACAACGUGAUAGGGAAAUUCAAAGGCUCAAGAGUAUGGAGAGCAUCGAAAUCAAUGAAAUGACUCAGGAGAUGGAAAAACUCCUUGAUAAAGAAUACAAAAUGCCAAGGGUAAAGGGAGAAGACAUUCCAUGGCAAGAAAUGCGCAAAUACCUCAAGAAGGUGCAGCGCGAACACAAGCAGAUAGAAAAGUUCAAGAUAGAAGAGGUUGACUUGCACCAUCUCACCGCCGAAGAACUAAUUGCCCACCAAGCAAACCUGGAAGCCGCCCAAGCAGCCGGUGUCAUGUGGAUAGAUGAUGACACUAGAGCUGCCGUACAGCGAUACAUUCAGCAGAGAGACGAAAUGCAGAAGAUGGUAGAAAUUCAGGACAUCCAGAAACAACAUUUCACCAGCACUGAACAAUCGUCCACUUUCAUUGAGCAAACAAUGAGAACACAAAUCGAUGAGCGCACCAAAAUGACGCAACACCACAUCACCCAAGACAUUACCCAGCAACAGCAGUACGUUAGUGUUGAGGAUACCAAGUUAAUGAGUUUCGAGCAGCGGGAACACCAACGAUUGACCCGCCUGGCUAAGGAGCAGCAAAGCAUGCACUGGCGCCAUCCCAGAGAACCUCAACAAUUCGUCCAAGUAGAAGAUGCGCAAUUCCUCAGUCUUCAAGAGCGCCAAGAUACUGAGGAGCAGUCCUUGAUACAGCCUCAGCCAGUAAUGUGGGAGCGUGGUAAGAAGAAGCCCCAGCAGCCAGUGCCAAAGACUUAUGAAGAGUUGCAUGAUGAACUUGUGGAAGGUGUGCCACAAACGCCCAAACCCGAAGAACUCGUACCAGUAAUGUGGGAACGUGGCAAGAAGAAGACACAACAGGUUACACAGCUGCAACAAACUCAGCAAUCUACGAAGACCUACGAAGAAGCUGUAGACCAGUUGGUUGAAGAACAGAAACCUCAGCCCGUGGAACAACUGCAACCCGUCAUGUGGGAAAGAGGCAAGAAGAAGCCCAAGCCUCAGCAGCAACAACCCGUUGAGCAGCAACAACCUCAAAAGGGCUACGAGGAAGCUGUUGAUGUAUUGCCAGAAGAACCUAAACUCCAAGAACAGCCGCAACCUGUGAUGUGGGAACGUGGAAAGAAGAAAGCCGCCAAACAACCCCAAGAGCAGCCAAUUAAAACUUACGAAGAGGCUGUUGAUGAACUGCCAGAAGAACCCAAGACACAAGAAACACCACAGCCAGUUAUGUGGGAACGUGGCAAGAAGAAGAAGCAACAAGAACUCUCGGAAAUAACACAAGUUACCGAAGAAAAGGUCCUGGAAGAAAAGGUGGUGGAAGAAGUCAAGAAAAAGACUACCAUCAAGGCCAUUCCACAACAGCCUGAAGAAAAGAUCGGACAAAUGCAGCUGAAACCAACUCCAAGACCCAAACCCAAAGAGAAGCCCACAAAGGAAGAAAUUCACCUUAAGCCCGUUAAACGGACGCAAACAGCUACGACAGAAGAUAUUCAGGAACAACCUCAGAAAUCAUACGAAGAAGCUACCGAUGAAUUGGUCGAAGAACCACAACCACAACAGCCGGAAGAACUCAAACCAGUCCUAUGGGAGAGAGGAAAGAAGAAGAAGCCUCAAAAGCUCCAGAAGCCAGCCGUCGAAGAGCCUGAAAAAACAUACGAAGAGGCUAUCGAUGAGCUGCCCGAAGAACCAAAGGUAGAAGAGCAACCACAACCGGUUAUGUGGGAACGAGGCAAGAAGAAGCCUAAGAAACCAGUUGAUGAGCCUCAACCAGAACCCGAAGUUGUAGAGGAGACCACAGUGGCCGAAGAACAAGUAGAGGUUGAAGAAACAAAGGCAAAGGUGGUCAAAAAGAAGAAGGUUAAGAAACCAAAGGCUACUGAAGCACCCGAAGAGGAACAAGUGAUUGAAGAUGAGACUGAAGUUAUCGAAUCCAUUCCACAGGAAGAAGAAGUAAUCGAAGAAGUUGAGGAGCAACCACAGGAACCAGAGCAAGAAGUCACCAAGAAACGCCUCAAGAAGAAGAAGCCCAAGAAGAAGCCAGUUAAACCGGAAGAAGGCGAAGAGGAACCCACCGAAGAACAACCCGAGGAAGAGGAGGAAGUUCCUGAAGAAAUUGUUGAGGAGGAAGAAGAUAAACAGUUGGAACCCCAACCCGUAUUAGCACCCAAGAAAAUACCUCAACAAAUUGAAGAGAAGGUGGAGGAAGUUAAACUUAAACCGGUUAGAAGACCCAUCAAACAGCUGCCUAAAGAAGAAACUCUGGAAGAAGUUCGUCUUAAACCGGUUAAGCGCGUAUCUCUUAAACCCGAGGAGCAAACACUGGAAGAUGUCGAACUUCAACACGUUGAAAAGAUUGUCGAAGAGGUGGUAUUAGAAGAGAAGAAAAAGGUCAAGAAGGUUAAGAAACCCAAACGCGAAGAACUUCCCGAAAUUCCAGACGGUGAACCGGUUGAGUUGGAAACCGCAGAGCAUAUUGACAUAGAAAAGGAGCCACAAAUCGAAGAAGCGCAACCUCAGUUGCCAUGGAGACGUGGUGAGAAGAAGAAGCCUGUCGAACAACCCAUGGAAGAAAAACAAAUGCCUAAGGGCAAACGCCGCCCACUGCAAGAAGAGAAGCCAGAGGAAGUAACUCUGAAACCCAUUCCUGCCAAGCCCAAGGAAAAACCUGAAAAACCAGAAAAAACUGUACCUGCUCCAGAAUUUGUACCUGAAGAUAAACAACCCUCCGAGGAGAAGGAGUUGGAAAUUGAGCCUGUUCCUGUGACAGAAGAAGAGAAGCCCACAAAGGAGAAGCCCAAGAAAAAGGUUAAGAAGCCCAAGCUCCAAAAGGCAACUCCUUCUGUCGAUGAAGUAGCCGAGGAAAUUGCCGAACCAUUCGCUGAACCCAUUGCCGAAGAGGACCAAGUCGAAGAGGUUCCCAUUGAGGAGCAAAAGGAAGUUGCCGUGUCCGAAGAAAUACAGCCAGAGGAAGAGGUCACCACCAAGGAAGACACUGUCGAUAAACCCUCUGUACACAAAGCCCACAAGAAACGCACAAAGCGUCUCAAGGAAGUUUCAUUCGAAGAACAGCCUAAGCUUUUGCAGGCCACUGUCAUCAAUGCCGAAGAAGAAGUUGUCCAAGAGGAAGAAACCUCGCAAGAGAUCUCACAAAAGAAGAUAACACUGAAGAAGAAGACUGAAGAACCGCUGCCUAAAUUCAUAACCACCGAACAAUUGAUCGAAGUCGAUGUCGAUGACGUAAAGCGCAAUGUCGAAAUGAAGGUCACCUCCAAUAUUAUCAAAAAGGAGAAACGCCGUGUGGUGCUUGACGACAGCCAACCUCUGCCCGAGCUCGAACUGAUUACCCAGAAGAGAGUUCAAGAGGGCAUCGACAAGGUGGCCGACGAAGAGAUCAUCGAAGACCAACAACUCACUCAAAACGAGCAGGAGACAACCACUUCGGAGGUGAUGGAACAACGAAAGAUUGUGAAGAAGAAAAAGAAGACAGUCAAACCACCACGCAUCACGGAGAAGCUCCGACCUCGAAUGGUGGUUCCAGAGGAGCCCACAAUUUUGGAAUGCAAGGUCGAGGGCAUACCAUUCCCCGAAAUCAAAUGGUACUUCAACGAUAUCCUAUUGUUUGCUUCCGAAAAAUACGAACUCAAUGUGGUGGAGGAUGUGGCGCAGCUGAAAAUCGCUAAGGUUACACCCAGUGAUGUCGGUAUCUAUACAUGUGAAGCUAAGAAUGAGGCCGGCGUAGCCGUUACACGCACCAAUGUUGCUCUCGAAAAAGAACAGGGCAUUGCACCACAGUUCACAAAACCACUCAAGAUCGACUUCACUGAGGAGACCCCAGAACGACUGAGGGUCAAGGUAACCUGCCAAGUGACUGGCAAACCUAUGCCCGAGGUCAAGUGGUAUCAAGGCGUCGAGGAAGUCUUGCCCAGCGAGACUGUACAGAUGUUCUACAACGAAAACACCGGCGAUGUGGCCCUGGAAGUUAUCAAUCCACCACCCAACGAAGCUGUUUUAUAUUCGGUACAAGCUCUCAAUCCAUUUGGUCGUGCCGUUGGCAAUGCCAAUAUCAUGAGCAAGGUAGACGAUGAGAAGCCUAAAGAAUUACUUAAGGCCCCCACUAUAACACCGCUGAGUGCCGUGGUUGUACCCCAUGGCGGUACUCUAUUUUUCGAGGCUAAAUACGAUGGCAUGCCAAGGCCUCAAAUUAAAUGGUGUCGCAACGGACGACAAAUUGAAGUCAAUGAAGAAGUGACCAUUGAAACCACCGAAACCACCACCACCAUUAGAAUUGUCAAUAUGACGCGAAAACGCGCAGGCAAAUACGAGGUAUCCGCCACCAAUAAAGUUGGCGAAGCCAAGUCUUCGGGCACUGUUACCGUGUCGGAUAUGCCAACCGAUAAGAACAUUAAAGCUCCACGAUUCAUACAGCCAUUGGAGCCCAAAUUCUUUGGAGAAAAUGAGGUGGCUUUGCUAGAGGCCGUUGUUGAAUCCGAGCCAUUGUCUUCGUUCCAAUGGUAUGUAAACAACGAGGCCAUUACCAGUUCCACCGAGUGCCGCAUUGUUACGAAAGAGAACAAAUCCACACUUCUGAUAGAGCAAUUCAAGCCCAAAUUCACUGGUCCCUACACCUGCAGAGCGGAAAAUGUUGGAGGCUCCGUCACCUCGACAGCCACUGUUAAAAUGCUGGAGGAAGCGCCACAAGAAGAGGCCGAAGAAUUCGAAUCGCCUCGUUUCCAGGAAGAACUCGCCAAGCCCGUAGAGGUUAUGGAUGGUGAACCCUUGCUGCUGACUUGCAAGGUGGUAGGUAAGCCAACACCACGCGUGGCCUGGUAUCACAACGAAGAGAAGGUGGUGGAAAACAAAGAGACCCAUAUCUCCCAAGACUCCCAGGGCACAUGCCAGCUUGAGAUAACCGAAGUUUUCCCCGAAAAUCAAGGCGAAUACACAUGUGUGGCCACAAACAAAAUUGGCGAGACCCUAACCAAGACAACAGUUAAGAUUCAAGCAUUUGAAUAUAUCCCCGAUUCUGAAGUAACUGGCUCAGAAGAUGACCUACUGGAUAGGUCAAUCGAUGAAGACAAACCACCGAAAAUAAUUAAGAAAUUACCCGAAAAAAUCGAACCCAAAGAGGGUGAAUUAGCCAAACUGGAAGUCAAAGUUAUUGGCAAGCCAAAGCCAAAAGUCAAAUGGCUGCGGGACGACGAGGAGAUAUUCGCUUCCGAAGAAUAUCAAAUCGAAAAUUUCGAAGAUGGCACCUCAGUGCUGGUCAUCAACAACAUUUAUCCCGAUGAUGUGGGCACAAUUAGUUUUGAGGCCCACAAUCCAUUGGGUGUGGCCGUGACAACGGCUCUCUUUUCGGUCGAAGGCAUCGUUGGAUCCAAGGACUAUCGCAAGCCGGAAUGGGUGACUCAUAUGGAAGAGAUGCAAAAGGCUCUCAAAGAAACAACAUUAGUGGAACAACAAGAACAACAAGUGCAACAAGAUAUACAACAACAUGAACAAAUCCAAAACAUACAGGAAACAGAACAUAAACAAACCACAAAAGUGGAAAAGAAAACUAAAAAGCAGAAGAAACUCAAACAUGUCGAGGAACAAGAAACACAACCUCUUGAGCCAGAAGUGCCAGAGGAAGUCAUUGUCCAACAGCCAAGUCAUGAAGCGCUGGAAGAAGAAAAGGUGCAAGUUGAAAGUUUGGAGGAUAUCGAAACACCCGUCUUUGAGACUUUAACUGUGCAAACGGUGCCCCAAGAAACCGCUGAAACUACAGGUCUAAGCGAGUUGCCCCUAAUGGCACCAUCUAGCCAGCCCGCAUUGGCAAAGGCUCUCGAAUCGUUGAUAUCGCAACAGAAUGUUGUUGUCCGCGAAGAAAACCAAAUACUGGAAGUAGAGAAGAUAGUUAAUGUCGCCAAAGGACGUACCGAGGUAGUUAACGAAUCAGUUGAGGGAGUAGAACUUAAGGCACCAAAUGUAGAAGAAGUAUUGGUAGAACAAACACCAAGUGAAUUGGCACCAUUACAGCCAAAGAAAGCAAACGCGAAACGAAGCAAAGACCUCACGCAGCGUAAGUCCCUGGUGGUAGAAAAGCCCAUGGUUGAGGAGAGCGCAAAAGAUGAUUUAGUCGGCAAGGCAGAAGAGCAGCAUGCCCAGCCUAAUGUGGUACCGCUACAAGCAGGACAACAGCAAGAGGUAAUUGUAACGGAAAAUGUCGGAAAACUGGAGGCUGACCAAAAACCCAGAGUUGAGAGUCAGCCAACGAAGGAGUUAGUAGAGCAAACAGGUUUGAUUGUGCAAGAAGUGGUCAGUGGUGAAACUAUCGACAGGCAGGUCUCUGUCGAAAAGCCAAAGCCAAUGGAAAUUCCCCAGACAGUGGUUUCUGUCGACUCUAGCGUUGAUGUCGCCGAAAUACAAAUUCAAGAUUCCGCUAAGGAAUAUAAGAGACCCAAAGACCAACCUAAGGAAAAAUCCCAUACCUCAUUUGUGGAACACAAGUCAUAUGUGGCUCAAGAGCUCUUCCUAAUUGAGACUGAGGGAGAAUUUCAAGAGCCAACUAAAGCUCCAGAAAUUAAGGCCUCCAAGUCUGUGAAGGAAGUUAGCAGUUCACUGGAAGUGACGGAAAAUAAACUUGCGGAAACCGUGCAAGACGUGCCAGUCAAAAAACCAGAAACCUAUGCAAAGGCACUGGACAAACUUAUAGUACUCGAAGGCUUCGAGUCCACACAGGCCGACCUACAAAGUCCUCUGGAUGAAUUGAAAACACUUCAGCAAGAGAAGGGUAAACAAGCCAGAGUACAGCUUGAGGAAAUGUCUCACUUGACUCAUGCUUUAGAAUUUGUAAAUGAAGCCAAGCCUGAAGAUUUCUCAGUACCCGAGAUCAAGGAAACAAAGGCCCAAGUGGAAGACCAAGUGCCCCGCCUAGUGUCUCAUGAAGUUACUACUACAAUAACAUCGGAAUCAACGAAAGAACUGGAAAUGCCCGAUGAUGCAACACAGCAAAGUGUUAAGCAAACACUGACGCAAGCAAGCGCAGUGGUACAGACAAGGGAAGGUCAAACAUUUGAAGGCCUUAAAGAGGAGGAAUUUGAAACACCCUGCCUGCAAAAGAGUAAAACUGGCCUAGAAGGUACAAUGCUGGCGGCCGAUGUAAGCCAAGUGCAAAUUCAAGAGAAAGAAUUUCCUUUUGAAAGCCCAACAACACAGGCAUUGGCUUCCACUGUGGUUACCAUGACCGAAAAUCUUACUCCAAUAUCUGGCUUAUCCCAACAAGCCAUCGAGAGUGAAGAGGGCUUAAAAACAUUCGAGCAGCCACAGCUGCAAAAGGCAGACGAAAAAACAAUUCUUCAAGAAUUGAAAGCCCCCCAUGUGGCUUUGGUGGAAACAGAAUCCACCGCAAGCCCUCUGCAGACCGAACAGCCAGAGGCACUGAAGGCCCUCCCACAAGUGGACUCUAGCUAUGCUAGCGUGACCUAUACACAAACUCUUAUGGAGGCUGGCAAUAUUAUGCCAGAAGACGAAAAAGUUGCAGAGGUCACCAUCAAGCCGACACUAAGUCAUACCUCUAAGAAUCUCGAAAUCUACGAAGUUACCGUCUCCGAAGAUUUGGCCGAACAGCCAAAAUUGGAUAAACCUGAAACACAUCAAGCCCAGGUGCAACAAAACGCCCAUACACAGAAGUACAUACAGACCUCAGAACCCAUGGUACUUGAGUCCUCGGAAGUAACCAAUAUUAAAAUGCCCAAAGAAAAACCCACCAGCACUACUAACCUUGUAGCCCAACAUGCUCCGCAGACUUUUAGCCAAACUCCAUUGGAUGGCACCACAGACAUGGAGGUAGUCAAGCAGCCAGAUAUACACCAUAUAACUUCCGAUGUAGAACUCAUUCACUCUUUGGAAGCCACACAGAUUGAGACGCUGGACAAGGAAAGCCUACUUGAAGUUGCUGAACAGCCAACAGGCAGGGAGGUCACGGUUUCGGCUGAGAAUCUUUUGAACGUGGCCCAGAAAUUCGCCGAAGAGGCCGUGGAACAUCCUGAAUUGUUCAAGCCACAUGAUCUAAGUCACCAACAUGCUCAUUACAACGUGGAUCAAGUGAUAACGCCAACUCUCAGCUCCGAAAUGGAAGGCCUAGACUCGGUGGCGACCUACGACACCAAACCAUUGUCAGCUGACAAACUAACAAACAUAUCAAUGGUUGAAAAUCGCACGGCCUUGGACAUAGCCGAGGUAAUGGUUACCGAAAAGGAAUCCACAGGAGUGGACUUCAAGUCUCCCGCAGAAGCUUCGGUAGAACCGAAACUAAGCACCGAACUACACAAGUCUGUGUUGGUACAAUCAGAGGCGCCUUAUGAAGAGCUUGGCAAAUUUAAGGGAAUACCCUCCCUGGAAACCAAGGGCCAACUGAAAGACGUUGAGAAACAUAAUGAGUUAGCGGUAAAAACGGUUGAGGUUUACGAAGGUGUACAAGACUUAGGUGCAACAGAUACCGCAAAGCCACAAGAAGCCGAUGUUAUUAUUAAACCUCAAUCCCAACUAGCCUUAGUGCAAAAAGAGGAAGUCUUCGAAGCUUCCGACGACUACAAACUCGAGGAAACCGCCAAGGAUAUAGCGCAAAUGACAUCCCAUGAUGUCAACUUAAAAGUACCACUGCAAGAGGGUACACAACAGCAAGACUCCACGACAUCCUUGCGUGACUUUGUGCCAACUGAAGCUCAAGCGAAAUUCAGUCAACAUCUCCUGACUGAAACUGUGACAACACAAGUUGUGGUUCUAGAGGAGACUCAGCCUAAAGAGUUAACCGCUUCCGUUAAAGAGGAAAAGCCAAAGGAGGAUUUAAUUACAAAUGCCAACUAUGUCGUUGUUGCAACAACUCCCAUGCUAAUGGAACACGAGGAGAUUUUGGAAGCCGCCGGCAGAGACAAUGAAAAGAUUGCCCAAUCGUCCAUAACGGAUGAUAAACACAGUGUUCCAUUAAGUUUCCAGCAGAAUUUACUAGAGCAUGCAGCAGAAUUUAGAGAACCUGAGAGCGAACAGCACAAAGCAAAAUUAGCCAGCGACGAUCGCAAGCUCCUUGUGGGCACAACCGAAAAGCCACAAAUUCUUGAUAGUCUGGCGAAAACAGCAAGUCAGGAAAUACCACAGGUCAUACAAGCAAAUGUUGACCAUGUAACGAGUCAUGCCACCAUCACCGAAGCUACUCAAGCAGCCGAGAUGGAAGAAGCUCUGCAUCCUGAAAAACCAGCAACUAUUCAGACGUCACAAGCAUCCUCGACGCCACAACUAAAUUUACCCCUUAUAGAGGAAGUCAAGCCGCAAGAGAGUGCAAAGGAGACUGCCCAAAUUCCAGACACAUCUGUCAAGGCAUCCAGCAGUAUAGAAGGCGCCCAACGAGAGUUAGCUAUUACAGAAAUACAACCGAUUGAGGAAUCAAGCAAAUUUGAGGAUGAAACCAAGGACAUGCCCCAUAAGGCUUCUCUCACUCUAGAUGAGCCAUUUACAAUUAUUCAAACUGAAACUCAGCAAGACACUCUCAUUAAAGAAGACCAACUUAAGGACUUUGUACCACUCGAGGAGACUCCAAAGUCAUUUAUUGAAGGUACACUUAGAGAAGUCAUCACUACUAUGCCCACAGCAUAUGAGGAAACACCUAAGCUGGAGACAGUCAAGCCCUCUAGCGAGCAGGCAAAACCCUCCAAGCAGGACAAUGUAAAGCAAACAAAUGUUCAACAAUUGGACACUAUAAUGUACAAAGAAUCCGAGCUGCCCUCGUCUACAGAUAAAGCUCUGCAUGCCAAACCAAAACUCGAUGGCACAAGGCAAGAAAUGACCGUGAGCGAGAUACGCACUAUGGAAAAUGUGGAACCGUUUGAUCAAACACACACCAAACAGGAGCAGUUGGCCACAGUUGCAUUCACUGAUACUCCCACCAAGGUCCAGACAACCACAUCAACCAUUGUCUUUGAAAAAGAAACUGAGCAAUCGGAGGAAAAACCAAAAUCGGAAAGGAUUUUUGCACCGUCAACAAUCGGCCAACAAAACGAAAAGACGGUAACCGAGGUUGUUACAUGUGAAACCACCACAACUCUCAAGGAUACUCCAGAAGUAGUACAACAGUCGGCCAGUGUUUCAGUUACCGAGACGAAAAAAGAAAUACCACAAAAAUCCGAGGAACCCACAUACACUAAGGAAGCACCCGUGGAACCACUGCAGGUUCAAGAGGAAAAAGCGAAAAUUGUGGAAGAUAAUCUCAAGGCCUUGAUCGCUGAAGAAAACGUUAGUGUCUCCACAAUAACCGAAACCUACGAACUAAAUAAGCGGCCAGAGGUCUAUGCCAAUGUCAUAGUAGAUACUCCCAAGUUGCAAGCAAAGACCGUUGAGGCCACAACCACAUAUGAGGAUACUUCUAGCUUGGAAACCCCAGCUCCAUUCGAACAUCUAAAGGCCGUACCCAUUGACGGAGACCAAAGGCCCAUACAAACCACCACUGUCCAGACAUACGAAAGCAUAGGAGAGGAAAGCGGCGACUUUAAACCACGGGCAGAAGAUACAAAAUCAUCCAUUGCGCUCCCUGAACUGAAGGCCUCCGUAACAGAGGAAAUUGUACCUGAUUCGGGUGUUGAGGUUUUGCACACAGCGCCAACAAAGGUUCAGACCAUACCGGCACACCCCCCACAAGAACACCAAGAAAAUCUUACAGUCCAUACAAUUACACCAUUCGAAACUCUCAAACAACUGUCACCAACCACAGACGAAAGUACACAACACCAGGCAAAUGUGGCCCUAAGCGAUGCAACCGGCCAAAUAGUUAGCACAACCACGAUAGUCUCGCGACAGGAACCAAUGGCCGCUCUGGAAGUGGAGAAGCCAAAGCUACAGCAACUGCAAACUGAAAUAGAAACACAAAGUAUGUACCUUGACAAAUCAGAAGUUAUCAUAAGCGAAAGCACCCAAACGCUAGAAACACCACAACCCGCGAUGCCUCAGGAAGUCAAACCAGUACCUACUCCAAAUCACCAGACAUACAGUAGCAGCACCGUAGACACCUACGAGCACACAGAUUCCCUAACUAACACCGGUACACCGGCCGCCAACAGCUACACCACACAGAAUAUGGCACCUAAUGAAUUCCACACUGCCAUAAGCACUACACAUGUAACGGGCGAGCCCCUGGAGCCAAUAGAUGGCCCUGCGACAACUCCCAAACACGUCGCCCACACUACCAUUGAACCCACACUGGCCCAUGAACACACCUCACCACUGAUUCUAGAACGGGAGACCACUAUGCCUGAGACCAUACUCCCCGAAAAGAAGGAAAUACCGGGUCCCACACUCACCCCCGCACAAUUAAAAACAGUCACCACCACAAUUGUACACAGCUCAUCACCACCCACAGAACCUUUACAGAUCGCGGAAAAGCCCCUUGCCGAUAGUGUCGUUAAUAUUGUUAAAUUUUCAGACUACAUCACCGCCGAUACAAAUGUAGCACCCAUAUCACAUCCAAUUACAGAAAUCAAAGAGUCGCACGAUGAUGUUGACUCGACAGCAACACCACGAAAAACAUACACGGUAACUCACCCCUCCGAUACCACACAAAAAUCUCACACAUCAGACACAGAACACACACAAACCACAGAAACGAUCACCGAAGAAGACAAGCUCACCAAGAGAAAGAUACGCACACGCGUCAUCAAGAGGAUCAAGGGUGGCAAGCAGGAGAUUACAAAGGUCGAGACAGUCGAAGAAGAAGACAAACCCGAAGAACAAAUAGUACAAGAACUACCCGAAGAGGUUAAAGUUGUCGAGUCGGUUUCCGAAGAUGGCAAGAUCACCAAAAAGAAGACGCGCACUCGCACUAUAAAAAAGAUCAAGGGCCAGAAAGAAGAAGUCACCAAGAUUGAAACUGUAGAAGAAGACGGUGAGGAGCCCGAAACCACAGUCACAAUAGAGGAAAUUCCUGUUGACGACAGACCCAAAGAAAUGGAAGAACUUCCAGAAGAGGUGCGCGUUAUUGAGACAGUGUCUGAAGAUGGCAAGCCCAAGAAGAAAAAGCUGCGCACUCGUGUCAUAAAGAAGAUCAAGGGUGAUAAACAAGAAAUCACCAAGAUCGAGACUGUCGAGGAAGACGACAAACAGCCUGAAACCACCGUCACCGUCGAAGAGGUUCCAGUCGUAGACAUCAAGGAACUUCCGGAGGAGGUUAAAGUUAUCGAAACUGUGUCCGAAGAUGGCAAGCCCAAGAAAAAGAAAAUUCGCACGCGAGUCAUCAAAAAGAUCAAGGGUGACAAACAGGAAGUGACCCAGAUCGAAACUGUUGAAGAGGACGGCAAACAACCAGAGACUACUGUAACGGUUAAAGAAGAACCCGCCGAAGAGCAACCCAAAGAAAUCGUAGAACUUCCCGAAGAGGUUCGUGAAAUUGAGACAAUAGCCGAAGAUGGCAAACCCAAGAAGAAAAAGUUGCGUACCCGCGUCAUCAAAAAGGUUAAAGGCGACAAACAGGAAAUCACUAAGAUCGAAACGGUUGAGGAAGACAACAAAGAACCUGAAACCACAGUCACAGUUGAAGAAAUCCCUGUUGAAGAAAUCAAAGAACUUCCCGAAGAAGUCAAGAUUAUCGAAACCGUUUCUGAAGAAGGCAAGCCCAAGAAGAAAAAGAUUCGUACACGUGUCAUCAAGAAAAUCAAGGGUGACAAACACGAAGUCACCAAGAUCGAAACAGUGGAAGAAGACGACAAAGAACCCGAAACUACCGUCACAAUUGAAGAGGUUCCCGCCCAGGAAGAACAGCCAGAAGAAAUCAAGGAAAUGCCAGAAGAAGUACGUGUUGUGGAAACAAUCUCUGAAGACGGUAAGCCUAAGAAAAAGAAGAUUCGCACACGUGUCAUCAAGAAGGUCAGGGGUGAUAAGCAAGAAGUCACCAAGAUCGAAACGGUUGAAGAGGACGAUAAACAACCAGAAACCACUGUAACCGUAGAGGAAGGUCCAGCCGAAGAAGAACCCAAGGAAUCUGAAGAACUUCCCGAAGAAGUUCGCAUCAUCGAAACAGUCUCAGAAGAUGGCAAGCCGAAAAAGAAGAAGUUGCGUACUCGGGUGAUCAAGAAAACAAAGGGCGACAAACAAGAAAUCACCAAGAUCGAGACCAUCGAAGAGGACGAUAAACAACCAGAAACAACAAUCACCGUGGAAGAAGUUCCCGUCGAAGAAAUCAGAGAACUUCCCGAGGAAGUGAAAGUCGUUGAAACUGUUACAGAAGAUGGCAAACCCAAGAGAAAGAAGAUCCGCACACGUGUCAUUAAAAAGGUCAAGGGCGACAAACAGGAAGUUACCAAAAUUGAGACUGUCGAAGAAGACGAUAAACCGGCUGAAAUAACAGUCACCGUCGAAGAAGUCCCAGCUGAAGAAGAAACUGGCGAAAUCGAAGAACUUCCAGAAGAAGUUCGCGUUAUAGAGACCGUGUCCGAAGAAGGCAAACCCAAGAAGAAGAAGUUACGUACCCGUGUCAUCAAGAAGAUCAAGGGAGAUAAACAAGAAAUCACAAAGAUUGAGACCGUUGAAGAGGAUGACAAACAACCGGAAACUACUGUCACAGUUGAGGAUGUCCCAGUUGAAGAAAUCAAAGAACUUCCUGAAGAGGUUCAAAUCGUUGAAACCGUUUCCGAAGAUGGCAAACCCAAGAAAAAGAAGGUGCGCACACGCAUUAUCAAAAAGGUCAAGGGCGAUAAACAGGAAGUCACCAAGAUCGAAACCGUUGAAGAAGAUAACAAAGAACCAGAAACAACUGUAACUGUCGAAGAGGUUCCAGCUGAAGAACAACCGAAGGAAAUUGAAGAACUUCCAGAAGAAGUCAGAGUAAUAGAAACAAUAACAGAAGAUGGCAAACCCAAGAAGAAGAAGCUGCGUACCCGUGUAAUAAAGAAGAACAAGGGCGACAAGCAAGAAAUAACCAAAAUUGAAACUGUUGAAGAAGAUGACAAACAACCAGAAACUACAGUCACGGUUGAAGAAGUCCCCGUCGAAGAAAUUCGGGAAAUGCCGGAAGAAGUAAAGGUUAUUGAAACCAUAUCAGAGGACGGCAAGCCUAAAAAGAAGAAGAUACGCACACGUAUCAUCAAGAAGGUCAAGGGUGAUAAACAAGAAGUCACCAAGAUCGAAACUGUCGAAGAGGACGACAAGCAACCUGAAACAACUGUUACUGUCGAAGAAGUUCCAGCGGAAGAAGAACAACCCGAAGAAGUCAAGGAAAUGCCGGAAGAAGUUCGAGUUAUCGAAACUGUCUCAGAAGAUGGCAAACCUAAGAAAAAGAAGAUUCGCACACGUGUCAUCAAGAAGGUCAAGGGUGAUAAGCAAGAAGUCACCAAGAUCGAGACUGUUGAAGAAGACGAUAAAAAACCAGAAACCACCGUGACAGUCGAAGAAGAACCUAUUGAAGAAACACCAGAGGAAAUUUAUGAAAUGCCAGAAGAAGUACGUGUUGUCGAAACUGUAUCUGAAGAUGGCAAGCCAAAGAAGAAGAAGAUUCGCACUCGUGUUAUUAAGAAGGUCAAGGGCGAUAAACAAGAGGUUACCAAGAUCGAGACAGUGGAGGAAGAUGAUAAACAACCAGAAACCACCGUAACUGUGGCGGAAGUUACCGUCCAAGAAGAACAGCCAGAGGAAGUAAAGGAAAUGCCAGAAGAAGUACGCGUUGUGGAAACAGUCUCUGAAGAUGGCAAGCCCAAGAAAAAGAAGAUUCGCACACGUGUCAUCAAGAAGGUUAAGGGUGACAAGCAAGAAGUCACGAAGAUUGAAACUGUCGAAGAGGAUGACAAACAACCGGAAACCACCGUAACUGUGGAGGAAGUCACCGUCCAAGAAGAACAGCCGGAGGAAGUAAAGGCAAUGCCAGAAGAAGUACGUGUUGUGGAAACAAUCUCCGAAGAUGGCACAUCCAAGAAGAAGAAGAUUCGCACACGUGUCAUUAAGAAGGUCAAGGGUGACAAGCAAGAAGUCACCAAGAUUGAAACCGUUGAAGAGGAUGACAAAGAACCUGAAACAACAGUUACUGUUGAAGAAGUUACCGUCCAAGAUGAACAAGAACCAGAAGAAGUAAAGGAAAUGCCGGAAGAAGUUCGUGUUGUCGAAACUAUUUCCGAAGAUGGAAAGCCCAAGAAGAAGAAGAUUCGUACACGUGUUAUCAAGAAGGUCAAGGGUGACAAGCAAGAAGUCACAAAGAUUGAAACAGUUGAAGAGGAUGAUAAAAAACCGGAAACCACCGUAACUGUGGAGGAAGUCACCGUCCAAGAAGAACAGCCAGAGGAAGUAAAGGCAAUGCCAGAAGAAGUACGUGUUGUGGAAACAAUCUCUGAAGAUGGCAAACCCAAGAAGAAGAAGAUUCGCACGCGUGUCAUUAAGAAGGUCAAGGGUGACAAGCAAGAAGUCACCAAAAUUGAAACCGUUGAAGAGGAUGACAAAGAACCUGAAACAACGGUUACUGUUGAAGAAGUCACAGUACAAGAAGAAGAACCGGAAGAAGUAAAAGAAAUGCCGGAAGAAAUUCGUGUUGUGGAAACUAUUUCAGAAGAUGGCAUGCCCAAGAAAAAGAAGAUUCGCACACGUGUCAUUAAGAAGGUUAAGGGUGACAAACAAGAGGUAACUAAGAUCGAGACUGUCGAAGAGGACGACAAACAACCUGAAACUACUGUUACAGUUGAAGAAGCUCCUGUCGAAGAGGAACAACCCGAAGAAAUCAAGGAAAUGCCAGAGGAGAUUCGUGUUGUCGAAACUGUAUCGGAAGACGGCAAGCCCAAGAAGAAGAAGAUUCGCACCCGUGUCAUCAAGAAGGUCAAGGGUGAUAAACAAGAAGUUACAAAGAUUGAAACUGUCGAAGAAGAUGACAAACUACCCGAAACCACAGUAACGGUUGAAAAAGUCACCGUCCAACAAGAAGAGCCGGAACAAGUAAAAGAAAUGCCUGAAGAAGUACAUGUUGUAGAGACAGUGUCUGAAGAUGGCAAGCCCAAGAAAAAGAAGAUUCGCACUCGUAUUAUUAAGAAGAUCAAGGGCGAUAAACAAGAAGUUACCAAGAUCGAGACAGUGGAGGAAGAUGAUAAACAACCAGAAACCACGGUUACUGUAGAGGAAGUUCCAGCAGAUGAGGAACAACUCGAAGAUAUCAAGGAGAUGCCAGAAGAGAUUCGUGUAGUGGAAAGUGUAUCUGAGGACGGCAAACCCAAGAAAAAGAAGAUACGCACACGCGUCAUCAAAAAGGUCAAGGGAGACAAACAAGAAGUUACCAAGAUUGAAACCGUUGAAGAAGACGAUAAGCAACCAGAAACCACCGUAACUGUGGAGGAAGUCACCGUUCAAGAAGAAGAACCAGAGGAAGUAAAGGAAAUGCCAGAAGAAGUACGUGUUGUAGAAACAGUCUCCGAAGAUGGCAAGCCUAAGAAAAAGAAGAUUCGCACUCGUAUCAUCAAGAAGGUCAAGGGUGACAAACAAGAAGUCACCAAAAUUGAGACAGUCGAAGAGGAUGACAAACAGCCCGAAACAACAGUUACGGUUGAAGAGGCCCUAGUUGAAGAGGACCAACCGGAAGAAGUUAAAGAAUUGCCGGAAGAGGUGCGUGUCACGGAAACUGUAUCCGAAGAUGGCAAGCUCAAGAAAAAGAAGAUUCGCACGCGUGUCAUUAAGAAGACAAAAGGUGACAAACAAGAAAUCACCAAGAUUGAGACAGUGGAAGAAGAUGACAAACACCCAGAAACCACAGUUACCGUUGAAGAAGUCUUGGUUGAAGAACAACCAGAAGAAGUCAAGGAAAUGCCAGAGGAGGUUCGUGUAGUCGAAACAAUAUCGGAGGAUGGCAAGCCAAAGAAAAAGAAGAUUCGCACACGUGUCAUUAAGAAGGUCAAGGGCGACAAACAAGAAGUAACCAAGAUCGAAACUGUCGAAGAGGACGACAAGCAACCCGAAACAACAGUCACGAUUGAGGAAGUCCCCGCCGAAGAAGAGCCCGAAGAAGUAAAAGAAAUGCCCGAAGAAGUUCACGUUGUUGAAACUGUUUCCGAGGACGGCAAACCUAAAAGAAAGAAGAUUCGCACGCGUGUCAUCAAGAAGAUCAAGGGUGAUAAGCAAGAAGUCACCAAGAUCGAAACUGUCGAAGAGGAUGACAAAAACCCAGAAACAACAGUUACCGUUGAAGAAGGUCCCGCCGAAGAAGAAACGCCUGAGGAAGUCAAAGAAAUGCCAGAAGAAGUUCGCAUAGUCGAAACGGUUUCGGAGGAUGGUAAGCCCAAGAAAAAGAAGAUCCGUACACGCAUCAUCAAGAAGGUUAAGGGUGACAAACAAGAAGUGACCAAGAUUGAAACCGUCGAAGAGGACGACAAACAACCUGAAACUACUGUUACAGUUGAAGAAGCUCCUGUCGAAGAGGAAAAAUCCGAAGAAGUCAAGGAAAUGCCAGAGGAGGUUCGUGUUGUCGAAACUGUAUCGGAAGACGGCAAGCCCAAGAAGAAGAAGAUUCGCACCCGUGUCAUCAAGAAGGUCAAGGGUGACAAACAAGAAGUAAUAAAAAUUGAAACUGUCGAAGAAGAUGACAAACUGCCCGAAACAACAGUCACGGUUGAAGAAGGUCCCGCCGAAGAAGAAACACCUGAGGAAAUCAAAGAAAUGCCAGAAGAAGUUCGCGUUGUCGAAACUAUUUCGGAAGAUGGUAAGCCCAAGAAAAAGAAGAUCCGCACCCGUGUCAUUAAGAAGGUCAAGGGCGACAAACAAGAGGUAACUAAGAUCGAGACUGUUGAAGAGGAUGAUAAACAACCAGAAACCACAAUAACAGUAGAAGAAGAACCUGUCGAAGAACAACCAGAGGAAAUCAAGGAAAUGCCAGAAGAAAUACAUGUUAUCGAAACUGUAUCAGAAGAUGGUAAGCCUAAGAGAAAGAAGAUCCGCACACGUGUCAUCAAAAAGGUGAAGGGCGACAAACAAGAAGUAACCAAGAUUGAGACCGUUGAAGAGGACGACAAACAACCUGAGACAACAGUCACUGUAGAAGAAAUGCCCGCCGAAGAAGAGACUCGAGAAGAAGUCAAAGAACUGCCGGCAGAAGUACAUGUUAUUGAAACUGUAUCAGAAGAUGGUAAGCCGAAGAGGAAGAAGAUCCGCACACGUGUCAUUAAGAAGGUCAAGGGUGACAAACAAGAAGUUACCAAAAUAGAGACUAUAGAAGAGGAUGACAAACAACCCGAAACUACAGUCACAGUUGAAGAAGUUCCUGCCGAAGAAGAAACAACGGAAGAAGUCAAAGAAAUGCCAGAAGAAGUUCGCGUUGUCGAAACUGUCUCUGAAGAUGGUAAGCUCAAGAAAAAGAAGAUUCGUACACGUGUCAUCAAGAAGGUCAAGGGCGACAAACAAGAGGUAACUAAAAUCGAAACUGUCGAAGAAGAUGACAAACAACCAGAAACUACAGUCACGGUUGAAGAAGUCCCCGCCGAAGAAGAACCAGAAGAAGUCAGGGAAAUGCCAGAAGAAGUGCGUGUGGUUGAGACUGUCUCCGAAGACGGCAAACCCAAGAAAAAGAAGAUACGCACACGUGUCAUUAAAAAGGUCAAGGGUGACAAACAAGAAGUCACCAAGAUCGAGACGGUUGAAGAGGACGAUAAACAGCCGGAAACCACAGUGACUGUCGAAGAAGUUUCCGCAGAUGAAGAGGAACCUGAAGAAGUCAAAGAAAUGCCGGAAGAAGUUCGUAUUAUUGAAACAGUAUCCGAAGAUGGCAAGCCUAAGAAAAAGAAGAUUCGCACACGCGUUAUCAAGAAAGUCAAGGGUGAUAAGCAAGAAGUCACCAAGAUCGAGACUGUUGAAGAAGACGAUAAACAACCAGAAACUACUGUAACUGUUGAAGAAGCACCCGUUGAAGAAGAAGAACCCGAAGAAGUCAAGGAAAUGCCAGAGGAGGUUCGUGUUGUCGAAACUGUCUCGGAAGAUGGCAAGCCCAAGAAGAAGAAGAUUCGAACACGUGUCAUUAAGAAGGUCAAGGGUGACAAGCAAGAAGUUACCAAGAUUGAAACCGUCGAAGAGGAUGACAAACAACCUGAAACUACUGUCACUGUUGAAGAAGUCACUGUUCAAGAGGAAGAAGAACCGGAAGAAGUAAAGGAAAUGCCCGAAGAAGUUCGUGUUGUUGAAACUGUCUCUGAAGACGGUAAACCUAAAAGGAAAAAGAUUCGCACACGUGUCAUCAAGAAAGUGAAGGGUGACAAACAAGAAGUCACUAAGAUCGAGACCGUCGAAGAAGACGAUAAACAGCCUGAAACAACAGUUACUGUUGAAGAAGAGCCCGCCGAAGACGAGCAACCAGAAGAAGUUACGGAAAUGCCAGAAGAAGUACGUGUUGUCGAAACUGUCUCUGAAAACGGUAAGCCGAAGAAAAAGAAGAUCCGUACUCGUGUCAUAAAGAAGGUCAAGGGCGAUAAACAAGAAGUCACUAAGAUCGAGACCGUUGAAGAGGACGAUAAGCAACCUGAAACCACAGUCACCGUUGAAGAAGUCACUGUCCAACGGGAAGAAGAACCGGAAGAAGUAAAAGAAAUGCCAGAAGAAAUUCGCGUUGUCGAAACUGUAUCAGAAGAUGGCAAGCCGAAGAAAACGAAGAUCCGUACACGGGUCAUAAAGAAGGUCAAGGGUGAUAAACAAGAAGUCACCAAGAUCGAGACGGUUGAAGAGGAUGAUAAACAACCUGAAACUACUGUCACUGUUGAAGAAGUCAAUGUCCAAGAGGAAGAAGAACCGGAAGAAGUAAAGGAAAUGCCCGAAGAAGUUCGGGUUGUCGAAACUGUUUGUGAAGACGGCAAACCUAAGAAAAAGAAGAUUCGUACACGUGUCAUUAAGAAGGUCAAGGGCGAUAAACAAGAAGUCACCAAGAUCGAGACGGUUGAAGAGGAUGAAAAACAACCUGAAACUACUGUCACUGUUGAAGAAGUCACUGUCCAAGAGGAAGAAGAACCGGAAGAAGUAAAAGAAAUGCCCGAAGAAGUUCGCGUUGUCGAAACUGUCUCUGAAGACGGCAAACCUAGGAAGAAGAAGAUUCGCACACGUGUCAUUAAGAAGGUCAAGGGCGAUAAACAGGAAGUUACCAAGAUAGAGACGGUUGAAGAGGAUGAUAAACAACCUGAAACUACUGUCACUGUUGAAGAAGUCACUGUCCAAGAGGAGGAAAAACCGGAAGAAGUAAAGGAAAUGCCCGAAGAAGUUCGGGUUGUCGAAACUGUGUCUGAAGACGGCAAACCUAAGAAGAAGAAGAUUCGCACACGUGUCAUCAAGAAGGUCAAGGGUGAUAAGCAAGAAGUCACCAAGAUCGAGACGGUUGAAGAGGAUGAUAAAGAACCUGAAACUACUGUCACUGUUGAAGAAGUCACUGUCCAAGAGGAAGAUGAACCUGAAGAAGUAAAAGAAAUGCCGGAAGAAAUUCGUGUUGUCGAAACUGUCUCUGAAGACGGCAAACCGAAGAAGAAGAAGAUUCGCACACGUGUUAUUAAGAAGGUCAAGGGUGAUAAACAAGAAGUUACCAAGAUCGAGACGGUUGAAGAGGAUGAUAAACAACCUGAAACUACUGUCACUGUUGAAGAAGUUACUGUCCAAGAGGAAGAAGAACCGGAAGAAGUAAAGGAAAUGCCCGAAGAGGUUCGGGUUGUUGAAACUGUCUCUGAAGACGGCAAACCUAAGAGGAAGAAGAUUCGCACACGUGUCAUUAAAAAGGUCAAGGGUGAUAAACAAGAAGUCACCAAGAUCGAGACGGUUGAAGAGGAUGAUAAACAACCUGAAACAACUGUCACUGUUGAAGAAGUCACUGUCCAAGAGAAAGAAGAACCGGAAGAAGUAGAGGAAAUGCCAGAAGAGGUACGUGUUAUAGAAUCUAUAUCGGAAGAUGGCAAGCCCAAGAGAAAGAAGAUACGCACACGUGUCAUUAAAAAGGUCAAGGGUGACAAAGAAGAAGUUACCAAGAUUGAGACUGUUGAAGAAGACGAUAAACAACCCGAAACCACAGUAACGGUUGAAGAGUUGCCGGUUGAAGAACAGCCGGAAGAAGAGGACAAGGAAACCCUCGAAGACAGUAAACCUAAACGAAAGAAGACUCGUACACGUGUCGUCAAGAAGUUCAAGGGUGAAAAACAAGUAACCGUGGAAGAAGAUGAGCAACAACCAGAAGAGGAACAGCCAGAAGAAGAACAACCAGAAGAAGUCAAGGAAAUGCCAGAAGAAGUUCGUGUUAUUGAAACGAUAACCGAAGACGGCAAACCCAAGAGAAAGAAGAUCCGCACGCGUAUCAUUAAAAAGGUUAAGGGCGACAAACAAGAAGUUACUAAAAUUGAAACUGUCGAAGAGGAUGAUAAGCAACCUGAAACCACUGUAACUGUUGAAGAGGUUCCCGCAGAAGAAGAAGAACCCGAAGAAAUCAGGGAAAUGCCAGAAGAAGUGCGUGUGGUUGAGACGGUUUCCGAGGAUGGAAAACGCAAGAAAAAGAAGGUUAUUCGCACUCGCGUCAUCAAGAAGGUUAAGGGCAAUAAACAAGAAGUCACAAAGAUCGAGACUGUCGAGGAAGAUGACAAACAGCCAGAAACCACAGUUACUGUUGAAGAAGUUCCUGCCGAAGAAAUUCCCUCUGAAGAAGAACAACUAGAAGAAGUAAAGGAGCUACCUGAAGAAGUUCGUGUUGUCGAAACUGUUGCCGAAGAUGGUAAACCAAAGAAAAAGAGGGUUAUCCGAACACGUGUCAUUAAGAAGGUCAAGGGCGACAAACAGGAAGUCACCAAGAUCGAAACAGUUGAAGAAGACGAUAAACAGCCAGAAACCACUGUCACUGUUACAGAGGUUCCUGCCGAAGAAGAAAAGGAAGAAGAAGUAACUGAACUUCCCGAAGAAAUACGUGUUGUUGAAUCUGUAGCCGAAGACGGCAAACCAAAGAAGAAAAAGGUUAUUCGCACACGUGUGAUCAAGAAAGUCAAGGGCGACAAACAGGAAGUCACCAAGAUUGAGACUGUUGAAGAAGAUGAUAAGGAACCAGUGACAUCUGUUACCGUUGAAGAAGAACAGCCAGACGAGCCAGAAGAAAUAGAAGAGCUCCCUGAAAAGGUCGAGGUUGUGGAAACGGUUUCGGAGGAUGGUACUCCCAAGAAAAAGAAAAUACGCACGAAAGUCACUAAGAAGGUUAAAGGUGAUAAGGAAGAAACCACGACUGUGCAAACAGUCGAGAAAGAAGGCGCCAAGCCUGAAACCACUAUCACUGUCGAGGAAUCGACUGUGCCCUCGGACGAAUUAAGUCAAAUUAAACUGAAGAGAGUGAUACGCACGAAGCAUGAUGCAGAAGAAAAGAUUUUAGAGAUGCCAGAACUAAAAUCAGUUAUAAUAUCACAAAAGGAGGAUGGUACGCCAACUAAAACCGUUAUCAGAACUAAGGUUAUUAAGAAAAUGAAGGGACCUAAAAUGGAAGUCACAAAAAUACGAACCGUAGAGGAGUUCGAAAAGGAACCAGUAACAACGGUCACCGUUGAAGAGUUUAUUGAGCCAUACCCAGAACAAGUUGAAGAAACCCAAGAAGAGUCACCCAUGCAGCCAGUGCCAGUGGAAGAACUCCCUGAAGAAAUUAUUGAAUCGCAAGUCAUUGAUGAGAACAAAAAGCCCAAAAAGAAGACCACCAGAACACGUACAUUCAAGAAGGAUGUAGAACCCGAACCAGAAUACUACCAAAUUCAAACCGUCGAAGAGGAAGGCAAAGAGCCUUACUCUCAGAUACAAGUAGUAAGCGAAGAAAACCUACUCGAUAUCAUUGAUAUCAGUCGGUUGGAUGAUGAAAAGACACCAAAGACACCCAAGAAAACACAAAAAACCAAAAAGCCCAAGGAAGAUAAGCCGAAAAAACAGAUCACAGAUGAAAAGCCCGUUUUCAUUACCACAUUCAAAUCCGUACAAAACGAAGACGGUGCGACAGUCAUUGAAACCGAAAACAAGAAGGUUACCCAAGAGGAGGGAGUACUUGUCGAAGAAGUACUCAGUGAUACCGAAUCGACCAAAGAACCUGAAGAAACUUUGCCCGCUCAAAUCGAAAUCGUCGAAGUCAGCGAUACAACAGACCAAGAAAACAAAGCAUACACUAUUACCGAACCAGAUGAUGUAAGUGAAGACAUAACACAAACAGAGCAUACAGAUACGCCCAAAGAAAAGACCAAAACCAAAAAGCCCAAGACGAAGAAGACGUCUUAUGGCGUUAUCGAAGAGCAGCCCGAAAUCGAAUAUCUGCCCGAGGAAGUUAUGGAGAUCGAAGUGCCAACCGAAACGACCGAGGAUCACAAGGGAGAUGUUUUGGAAGAGAAAGGCACCACUGUGAUCAAGAAACGCAAGAUUAAGAAGAAGGUUGGCGAUCAGGAACAAAUAAUCGAGGUCAUCUCGACUCAGAAACCCGGACAGGAGGAAGAAGUUACUGUAGUUGUGAGGGAAGACGAAGACGACAAUGUUGACAAGCCUGAGGAGACUACCCAGGAGACGGCCGUGGACGACUUUAAAGUUAGGGUUACCGAAGGUAUGGCUGAGAAGCCCAAAGAAAAGAAAAAGAAGAAGUCGACCAAGAAGAAGGUUAAUAAGGACGACUUAUAUGAGUACAUAGAAUUUUUGAUACAGCAGGAAAUACCCAAGACAGUGUUACAGGACUACAAACGUACGGAAUUGCAAAAACCGCAACAAGCGCGUCGGGACUCGUCGGUGAAACCGGUUAAACCUCUCAAACUCGUGCCCAUGAAAAUCGAAAAAAUUGAAAUCAAAAAAUCGCGUCAAGUGGAAAUUACUUCAGUUGCCGAAUUCCCACAAAUGCUGAAGCUCAAAACACCCAAACAAAAGCCUGCCCAAGUCAAACCCAAGAAGGAAAAAGUUCCCUUCAAAACCAAACUCAAGAGCUGGAUUACUUUUAUUCCUUAUGCCCCAUACAAUUUCAAGUUCACCAUCACUGACUUGGAAACCAAACGUGGGCGCGGUGAACUUUCGCGAAAUGUAGAAGAAGCUUUACUGGUAUUGAAGAAACGUCCUAAGGCUUUCAAGCCUACCGAAUUUAGUGAUGAGGAGUUGGAAAAACCCACCCUGUUCGAAGACGAAGAGCUACCUCAAGCCGAAGAAGCUCAACCCCAAACAAAGUACAGGCGUCCCAAGAAACCCAAAAAGGAAGAAGUACAACCCGAAGAACGUAAACUAAAACUUGGAAAAGGAAAACUUCCGAUCGAGGAAGAGCUCCUGGAAGAAGUGACUCUUAAGCCAUUCACCAAAGAGACUACAGAAGAGCUAGUUGCCGAAGAAACCCCCAAGGUUGGCGAGACCACUAAGAAAAAGAAGAAACCCAAGAAACCACGCGAGGAAGAUACUGAAAUAGCUUUCAAGGCCCAAGAAUCCCCGGACAAGCCCGAAUCGGAAACCGAAUCCGUUCCAGAGGUUUUGGAUGUUAUCGAAUAUAAACCCGAGUUAAUUGAAGAGGAUCAAGUCGAUGGGGAAGUCGAAAAGAAACGCAUAACAAAGAAGAAGAGAAAGAUUGUGCAAAAAACCACCACAGGAGACCACAUAAUAGAAAUUGUGGAAACGCCCAGCGACAAGCCCGAUUCUGAGGAGAAACAAUAUGAAAUAACUGUUACCACCAUCCAAACAGAUGAGACUCCAUCAGCAGCACCCACCAUCGUUAAAAAGAAAAAGAAGGUCAAGACCAUGGCGCCUCAAGACAUCGAGGAGUUUGUAACCGAAUUGCAGGAACAACCCGCAGAUACUGUCGACGAGCGUUUCUAUGAAAUAUCAGUGGCUGAAUUAGAGCCCACCAUAGAAACCGAAGAACUGACCAAGAAGGUAACCAAAAAGCGUAGAAUUCAACACAAGAAGGGAGACGAAGAGCACAUCAUUGAAAUAACUGAAACCACUAACGAAGAGGGUGAGGAACCCAUGUUUGAGGUUGUCGUUUCUACAACUGAGGCGCCAGACCUUGAAGAAACUCCGGAAGAAGAAAAGCCCCUCAAAAAGAAAAAGGUCAAAAAGAUGAAGAAAGACGAAUUGGAUGAAUAUAUACAGAAACUAAUUGAAGCUGAAAUUCCCAAGACAGAGCUGGAGAAAUUCGAGCAAAUGGAAUUCACCAAGACGCCUAAAAAGCUCAAGAAAACAAAGAAGGUUCCCAAAGAAGUUAUUCCUCUCGAGGGAGAUUUGCUGGAAGUAGGUUUGACAGAGGUCGAACCAGUCGAGAAGAAGCCAAAACAGAAGAAACCAUCGCAUACCCCUAAGCCCAAGAAGCCCGAUGAUGUUCCAGCGCCCGAAGAAACCUAUGAAGAUCUAUCGGUUAGGAUAACUGAAACGGAACCAGAAGAACGUAAAGGUAUCGAAGAAGAAGAAGAGCACCCAACUCCUCUUACUCGCAAGGAACAACCACAAGAUGUGCCAGUGCAGCAAGUGGUUGUGCAAGAAGUAUCCGAACAAACGGAAACUGUAAUCGAAACUAAAGAAGACGGUAAAGUAGAGGAGAAAACUAAAACAAAACGCAAGAUUAAGAAGAAGGUGGGCGAAAAGGUGUACGAGGUGUUGGUCAUUGAUGAGCAAUCCGAUGACAAGCCCGAAGUGGAGCUCACCAUUAUAAUGACCGAAUUUGAGCCGGAGAAACCCACAGAGCCUAAAGAAGAAAAAGAAGUUCCCCACAAACCAAAGAAGGUUAAGAAAACCAUCAAGAAGGAGGAGCUUGAUGAUUACAUUGUGCGCAUUAUUAACGAACAACCUGAAGCCCUCGACACAGUCCAAGUCGUAGAGGAAGAGAAGCGACCCCUGGAACCGCUUCCUCAAGAAUUCGAUGAAAGUAUUUUCUCCGCCAAAACUAUAGUGGAAGAUAUUUCAGAGGGUGACCAACCCAAGCCCGAGGAAGAUGUGCCUCAAGAAACCACCAAGAAAACGAAGAAACCGAAAACGCCCAAAAUCAAAAAAGUUAAAUUCUCCGAGUCGGAAAUUGAACAGCCGGAACCAACUACCCAAGAGAUUGAGGUUAUCGAAUCGUUAGAUCAGCCAACUGAGAAACCCUCGGAUGAAGAGUUUACAAUUGGAGUUACCGAGGAAGAGAAACCAAAACCAAAGCCUAAGGCAAAACGUCCCAAGGCCAAGGUGCCCGAAGAAACGGUUAACGAAUACACGAUUCGUAUUGAAGAGCUACAGCCGGAAACAGUCACACAGACUAUAACCGACGAGAGUGGCGAAAAGGUGAAGCAAGUCAUCACCAAGAAAAAGCUCAAAAAGAAGGAGGGGCCCAAAGAAUACAUUAUCGAGAUAGUAGAGUCAUAUGUCGAAAACAAACCAGAGGCUGAAGUAGAAAUAACAACCACCGAAGUUCUUCCCAAGGAUGUGACUGAAGAAACCAAGCUUGAAACGGUCAAGGUAAAGAAAUUCAAAAAGAAACCCACCUCACCGGAUGACUAUGAGGCGUACAUUCAAGAACUAAUAGAUCAGGAAAUUCCAACAACUGAAUUGGAACAGUACGAGCCAACAGACAUGGAAAACAAGCCUAAGAAGAAACCCAAGAGUGUUAAAAAACGUCACAAGAAGGUCACUGAAAUAGUUGAAGGUGUUCGGGUUACAGUUCACGAAUUUGAAAUUGAAGAGGUAAUGCCACAAGAAGAGUUGCCAGACCAACGUAUAGAAGUUGUCGAAGAAGAAAAGCCUAAAUCCGAAGAAAUCCCUGAAGAUUUUAAAUUCGUUGUGGGAGAAGAGGAAGUUACCGAAUUGCUCACCGAAGAUGCACAGGUGAAACUAAAGGAAACCAAACCCAAAACAAAAAAACCCAAGACUGCCAAGGUUCAGGUUACCGAAGAAAAGCCCUUCGACGUUGAGGAAAUUGUACAGACAGUUGAAACUAUAGAGCAACCCACGGAGACAGGCGAAAUCAAGAAGAAAACCGUUACCAAGCGCAAGGUGAAGACAAAGACAGGACCAGAGGAGAAGAUAUUCGAAAUUGCCGAAAUAGUAGAAGACGGUCAGCCCAAUGCUGAAAUCAUUGUAACGGAAAUCACCAAAACCGAUGAGGCUCCAGAGGAAAAACCACAGCCCUUCAAGAAACCUGUCAAGAAGUCCAAGAAGAUUCCAAAGGAACAAAUACAAGAAUUCAUUGUCAAUGUCAUAGAAGAGUAUGUAAACCCAAUGCAAUUCGAAGAGCAGCCAGUAGAUGUACAAGAAGAGGAACAGCUCACCGAGAUUGUGGAACAACACACGGAAACGGGAGAAGUAAAGAAGAAAACGAUUACAAAGCGUAAGAUCAAAACCAAAGCUGGUCCCGAAGAAAAAGUUUUUGAAAUCUCCGAAAUAUCUGAAGACGAUAAAACUAAUGCCGAUGUAACAAUUGUUGAGAUAGUAGAGACUGCACCAGUUCCUCAAGAUGAAGGGAAAUUGAAGAGAAAGAAGUCAGUUGCGAAGACAAAGAAAGUGCCCAAAGAAAAUAUUGAAGAAUUCGUUAUUAAUGUGCUUGAAGAGUAUGUAACACCGACUGUUUUUGAGCAAGAAUCAGUCGAAGAGAUUGACGAAGAAACUCCAAAGGAACAAAAACCAUCAAAACCCAAGCCCAAAUCCAAGCGUCCAAAAACAGAAAAAAAAGAAGUCUCCGAAUAUUCGGUGCGCAUUGAAGAACUGCAACCUGAGGUCACCACUGAAACUGUUGUUGACGAAUCCGGCGAAGAAGUCAAGCAGGUUGUCACCAAGAGAAAACUUAAAAAGAAGGAAGGUGACAAGGAGUAUGUCAUCGAAAUAGUGGAGUCUACUGUCGAAAAUCAACCCGAGACAGAGGUAGAGAUAACCACUAGGGAAAUUGUGCCUGAAGAUGCUCCAGCUGAAUUGCAACCAGAAGAAGUCAAGGUUAAGAAAUUCAAAAAGAAGAAACCCUCCCAAGAUGACCAGGACGUCUACAUUCAGCAACUUAUUGAGCAAGAGAUUACCAAAGCCGAAUUGAAACAGUACGAGGCGACGGAAAUUGAAAGCAAACCCAAGACUAAGCCAAAAACUGUAAAGAAGGUGCACAAAAAGACCACCAAAAUCGUGGAGGGUUUGCCGGUAACGGUGCAUGAGUUUGAAAUUCAGGAAUCCGCCCCAGAAGAAGAAAUUCCCGAAGAACUUCCCAAAACAGAAGUUGAAGAAGAAAUUAAACCAGCUGAGGAAACACCCAAAGAGUUUACCGUUAUCACAAAAGAAGAAGCAGAAAGCGAAGUAGAAGAGCUAAAGGACGAUAAAGUUAAGCCUAAACCGAAGAAGGUGAAAAAGGCUAAAGUUGAAGAAAUUCAAGAGAAGCCAGUCGAGGUGCAAGAAAUUGCAGAAACAACCGAAGUUGUUGAACAACCAACGGAAAUAGGCGAAGUUAAGAAGAAAAUCAUCACUAAGCGAAUAAUUAAGACCAAAUCCGGACCUGAGGAUAAGGUCUUUGAAAUUUCCGAAGUGAUUGAGGAAGACCAGCCCAAUGCUGAGGUAACAAUUGUAGAAGUCACAGAAACUGAUGAAACUCCUCAAGAAAUUGACAAAUCCGAAGAACCUAAACGUGUGAAGAAAACUAAAAAGGUUCCCAAAGAACAAAUUAAAGAAUUUGUUAUUAAUGUACUGGAGGAGUAUGCCACACCUACCAUCUUCGAUGAGGAAGACAAACCGAAGAAGGUAAAGAAGCCUAAGGUUAAAGAAAUUGAAGAGAAGCCAAUCAAAGUGGAAGAAAUUGCGGAAACAACCGAAAUUAUUGAACAACCAACGGAAACAGGCGAAAUUAAGAAGAAAACCGUUACUAAGCGAAAGAUUAAGACCAAGUCCGGUCCUGAAGAGAAGGUCUUUGAAAUUUCCGAAGUGAUUGAGGAAAAUCAGCCCAAUGCUGAGGUAACGAUUGUAGAAGUCACAGAGACUAAUGAAACUCCUCAAGAAAGUGACAAACCUGAGGAACCGAAACGUGUAAAGAAGACUAAAAAGGUUCCCAAAGAACAAAUUAAGGAAUUUGUUAUUAAUGUGCUGGAAGAGUACGUUAAACCCACCAUCUUCGAAGAGGAGGAUAAACCGGAAGAGGAAAUAGACGUCAAGGAAACGUCAAAACGCAAACCCAAGAAACCCAAAUCAGAUAAGGUGGUAGAGGUUGAAGAGCAAGCUCCCAAAGAGGAAAAACCUGAGAAACGCAAACCCAAAGAAAAGAAACAAACCGGAGAGAAGCCAGUCGAGGUGGAAGAAAUUGCCGAAACAACCGAAAUUGUUGAACAACCAUCGGAAACAGGCGAAAUUAAGAAGAAAACCAUCACUAAGCGAAAGAUUAAGACCAAGUCCGGUCCUGAAGAGAAGGUCUUUGAAAUUUCCGAAGUGAUUGAGGAAAAUCAGCCCAAUGCUGAGGUAACGAUUGUAGAAGUCACAGAGACUAAUGAAACUCCUCAAGAAAGUGACAAACCUGAGGAACCGAAACGUGUAAAGAAGACUAAAAAGGUUCCCAAAGAACAAAUUAAGGAAUUUGUUAUUAAUGUGCUGGAAGAGUACGUUACACCCACCAUCUUCGAAGAGGAGGAUAAACCGGAAGAGGAAAUAGAUGUCAAGGAAACGUCAAAACGCAAACCCAAGAAACCGAAAUCAGAAAAGGUGGUAGAGGUUGAAGAGCAAGUUCCCAAAGAGGAAAAACCUGAGAAACGCAAACCUAAAGAAAAGAAACCUAUGGCUACGGAAGAAGUUAAAGAAUAUUCCGCACGAAUUGAGGAAUUGCAACCCGAAGUUGUUACUCAAGAAAUAAUUGACGUAGGUGGAGAAGAAGUCAAGCAGGUUGUGACCAAGAGAAAGCUGAAGAAAAAGGAAGGUGACAAGGAGUAUCUUAUUGAGAUAGUAGAAUCCUAUGUGGAACACAAACCAGAGGAAGCUGAUGUGGAGAUCACAACUACCGAACUAAUACCAGAAGAGACUCCCGCAGAGGAAAGACCUGAAACUGUUCGCGUCAAAAAAUUCAAAAAGAAGAAGACUCCACAAGAUGAUCACGAUGCCUACAUCCAACAACUAAUUGAGCAGGAAAUUCCUACAACUGAAUUGGAACAAUUUGAGGGAAUUGAAUUCGAAUUGACUCCCAAGAAAAAACCAAAAGCUAUUAAAAAGCAUCAAAAGAAAACUACAGAGAUCGUCGAAGGGGUUCCAGUAACGGUGCAUGAGUAUGACGUCGAAGAAAUAGUGCCAGAAGAAGAGCAAAUUGAAGAAGUGUCUGUGCAAGUCAUAGAGGAGGAAACAACCAAGCCGGAACAGCAACCCACUGAACAGUUUGCAAUCGAUUUCAAAGAAGAACAUGAUAUAAGCCCCAAAGGACCCAAAGAAGACAAGAUUGAUAAAAAGGAAACUACGCCAAAGCCCAAAAAGACCAAGAAACACAAAGUUGAAGUCAAAGAAGAACAGCCAGUGGUUGUAGAAGAAAUCGAACAAGUUACGGUUACUGUCGAAGAGCCAGACGAAGAUGGCAAAGUCAAACCCAAAACCAUUACCAAACGCAAGAUAAAGACCAAGACUGGUCAAGAGGAGAAAGUGUUUGAAAUUUCCGAAGUCACUGAAGGUGACCAAGCUGUGAGCGAAGUCACCAUUGUCGAAAUCACUGAGACAGAAAAGACACCCGAAGAGGAAGUCGAAAAACCAAAGGAAAAGAAAACGGUUAAAAAGGUGAAGAAGAUACCAAAGGAAGAACUACAAGAAUUCAUAGUCAAUGUGAUCGAAGAAUAUGUUCAACAUGAUGUAGAAGAAGCAGAAGAACCGGAAGUCACCCCAGAUGUGCCAGAGGAAAAUAUUCCCGAAAAGACAACGGAGAAAGUUAAGAAACCCAAGAAACAAAAACCCGCUAAGGAGGAAACACCCCAGCAGAAAGAGAAACAGCCGGAAGAACCUGCGGCACAAGAAAUAUUUAAGACCGAACAGCCUGAAAUCACUAAGUCCUAUGAAAUAACAACAAAGGAAUCGGCCGAGGAACAACCUGUUGAGGAAACUGCAGCUCCCAAAAAGCCAAAGAAGCCCAAGACCAAAACUGCUAAACAAGACGAAGAUCAACCCCAAUACAAAGUCAAAAUGUCUGCUUCCGAAGAAGCUUCUCAGGAUGAGCAAGUAGAGAAAUCUCCAGAACCUGAGGAAGCGCCCGAAGAACCAGCAACCGAAGAUUUGCAGAUUUCCAUAGUUGAGGUCGACCGCAAAGAGGAAGAACAUGAGGUUGUCAACGAGAAAGGCGUAGUUGAAAAACAAAAGGUUACUAAACGCAAGAUUAAGAAACAGGUUGGUGACAAACAGGAAAUCAUUGAAAUAGUUGAAACACAGCAAGGAGAUGAACAGCCUGUAGCCGAAAUAUCCGUAAUUACCACGGAGCCAGAAGAAGUACUCGAGACACCCAAGUCCACCGAGAGGAGACCAUCGAAGCCAAAGAAGACCAAAAAGGUUAAGAAGGAUGAUUUGGAGGAUUACAUCAUGAAACUCAUAGAACAAGACAUACCAAAAACCGAAUUGGAAAAAUACGAAAAGAUCGAUAUAGAGGAGCCCAUCAAGUUAAAGAAAAAACCCAAGCAAGUGGUCAAGGAGAAACCAAAGACUACAAAGCCAGACGACAAACCAACGGAGGAGAUUCCACAAGAGACACAAGAAAUCAUUGUGCAAGAAUCCCAGCCGGAGGAAGUGGAAGAACAAUUCCCCGUCAGCGUUGUCGAACUAGAAACUAAACAAGAAGAGGUUCAAGUAACCGAUGAGACAGGCGAUGUAAAAACGCAGAAGAUUACCAAGAGGAAGAUAAAGAAACAAGUUGGGCCCAAAGAAGAAAUCAUUGAAAUUGUAGAAAAGCAAAUAGGCGAGGAAGAGCCGGUGGCCGAAAUAACCGUCACAUCUGUGGAACCUGAAGAAAUUGUUGAACAACCAUCCGAAGAGAAGCCCAAGAAGCCAAAGAAAACUAAGAAGGUUCCCAAAGACGAACUGCAAGACUAUAUACAGAAACUCAUUGAGGAGGAUAUUUCAAAAACAGAAUUGGAGGCUUAUGAGAAGAUAGAAAUUGACAAACCCAUUAAACUCAAGAAGAAGCCAUCCCAAAAAGUCAAACUAACAGAAAAAGAACCCAAAAAGGAUGAAGAGAAGCCAAUUGCUGAGGACAUAACUGUGAAGGAAGAAGUACCAGAAGAGCCGGCCGUAGAAGAGGAUAAGUUUGAGAUUACGGUGGAAGAAAAACAAGAUGAAACUCCCAAGGUAGAGGAGACUGCAGAAGUAACAUUACUCGAUACUGAAUUUAAGAAGGAGAAGAAAAAGAAGCCUAAAGUCAAACAGAUGGAGGAAGAAAAACUAGAAAAACCCAAGCAGCCAACCCAGGAAGUGGUGGUCAGCGAAUCGGAACCACAGCCUAAAGUAGAGGAAUACGAGUACAAGGUGUCGGAAGAGGAGCAAGUUAAACCGACACCAUCCCCCAAGAAACCCAAAGAGAAGAAGGCCAAACCAGAACCCGAAAAGCCCGAAGAAAGUCCAGCAUUUGAAGCAACAGUAAAAGAAACUUCACCGGCCCCCAAGGAGCCCGAGCCAUUUAAGAUUGAGGUAGUCGAGAGCCAGACCGAGGUGGUUGAAAAGGUCAACGAGGAGGGAGUCGUUGAGAAGCAAACAAUUACCAAACGUAAAAUCAAACGUCAACAAGGCCCCAAAGAGGAUAUCAUUGAGGUCGUGGAAGUUAAGACCGAUGAUAAGCCAGAUGUCGAGGUGACCGUUCUCGAAACACAGCCCGACGAACAACCCACCGAAGAAAAACCAAAAUCUGUAAAAAAGAAGACCAAGAAAGUUAAGAAAGACGAUCUCUAUGAUUAUAUACAGAAGCUCAUUGAACAGGACAUACCGAAGACAGAAUUGGAAAAGUACGCCAAAAUUGAGUUUGAGCAAAAACCGAAAAAUGCCACCGAAAGCACGUACCCAGCACAAGUCACUGAGGAACAACCCCAGCCAAGCGAAGAGGAAAAACCAAAGAAAAAGCCAAAAGCAAAGAAACCCAAAGAAACUCAUGAAGAGGAAAAGCCAAUCUCCGAAAUCAAGGUUAUAGAAGAGGUAGAAGAAAAACAGGAACCUUUGCCCGUGAUCGAGGUUGUAGAGAGUGCACCACUUGAAGUGCGCGUCGAAGAGGUGACCGAUGAACAAGGCAAACCGAAGCAAAAGACCACCAAAAAACGCACGCUUACCAAGAAGGUGGACGAUGAAAAGGACUCCACCAUUCAUGUUGUAACCAUACACGAGGAGGACAGUAAUGAGGUUACCGUAAUCAUCGACGAAGAACCCGUCGAGCAGCCUGUAGAAGUUGCCGAAACCGAUAAGCAAGUUCUUCCGGAAGAACCUAAAAUCAAGAAACCCAAGAAAAUCAUUAAAAAAGUUAAAAAGGACGAAAUUGACGAUUACAUACAGAAACUGAUUGACGAGGAAAUUCCCACGACCACACUCGAACAAUACGAAAAGAUAGAAAUGCCAGAGAAGACUAGGACUGUUCAGACUGACGAAACACCAGAACCGGAAAAGCCCAAAAAAGAGAAAAAGAGACCGACAAAGCCCACGAAAGCGGCCAGCGUUGACGAGCAACCCGAACAGCCAGAAACCCAAGACACUUUACACGAAAUCAUAAUAACAGAAACAGAACACGAAGAUCAGCCAAAACAUGAUAAGCAGAUCGAGGAAACUGAACCAAAAUUCACACCAUCCACAUCUCACAAGGUCACUACCACAGAAGAAACAAUCCCUGAUACAAAGACCACCACCACCAAACCCAAAACAAAACCCAAACAGCAAACAAGUGAAGAACCAAUUGUACAUAAGGACUAUGCCAUUAAUGUUAUCGAUGAGCUGCCCGAAGAGAAGGAAAAUGAGGUGAUGCCCGUAAUAAAGACCAGCGAGGAACGUCCCGAAGAACAGGAAGAGUCCCAUCCCAUUGAAGUCGUCGAAGAGGAAGAAGAGGAAGAACAACCCAUCGAGGAAACGGUGGUCGAUGGUACCAAACCCAAGAAGAUCACUAAGAAGAAGAAGGUUGUCCGCAAGAAGACCGAUGACCAUGACGCCCUGAUUCAGAAACUGCUGGAACAAGAGGUCGAAAAGACACAACUCGAAAAGUACGAAAAAGUUGAAUUUGACAAACCCAAGAAGGCUGUACAAGAAGUAUCCCAAUUGGAGCCCGUCAUUAUCGUACGUAAAGAUCAAAAACCCAAGAAACUGGUUGUGGUCGAUGCCGCCGAAGCUCCUCAAAUGAUCAAAUUGAAGCCCUCGAAACGCAAGGAGCGACCUGUCGAGGAACAGGGCGUGCAAUUGCCACAAUUCAAACUAAAAAGCCGCAUGACCAUGGUGGAAUAUCCACCAGAACUUCUAACACCAGUCAUCACAGUUAUUGGUGCUGUCAAGGAUGUGGGUGAAUUGUCCCGUAACAUUGAAGAGGCCGAGGAAUUGUUGAAAUUCAAACGCCGCAAAGUCAAGAAGAUCAAGAAAAUUAAGGACGAUUUGGAAAAGGUCGAGCUGGAGAAAUACGAGAAGUAUAUAAGCAGCGAAGAAGAGCCCGAAGAGAAGGAAUUGUACAAGAAGCAAGAGAAACCCGAAAAGGUCGAAGAGAAACCGGAAGAAGUCAAACUGAAGAUAGGCAAAGGCAAAAAGAAGCCUCUGGAAGAGGAACAACCCGAAUCGGUGACACUCAAGAAGAUCCCACAGAAAGCCAAACCCGAGGAGGAGGUCAUGGAAGAGAAAACUAUCAAGAAACACAAGGUAGUUGUCAAGGAGGAAGAGGCCAAACCCGAAGAGCCUAAGUAUGAACUCAAGCCUCUUGAACCUCUUGAGUUCGAGGAUAUUGAAUACGAAAAAGAGGAGCUUGAACCUCUCGAGUUCCCCGAAAAACCCAAGAAGGAGAAAAAGGAACCCAAGGUCAAAAAGAUAACUAAACCCAAGCCAAAACCAGAGCAGGAGAUGAAUGUUACACAAAUAGUACCUGGCGAACCCAAGCAACCCGAAGAACAGCCCGAAGAAACAGUCAAAUUCCGUAUUCCAGAAUCUAAGCCCGACGAAGAACCCAUCGAUGAAUUUAAAUUAAAGCCAUUCAAAAAGGAGAAGGAGGAAGUUCCCGAAGAAGCAACCGUUAAGUUGGUUACUGAGGAGAAACCCAAAGAAAAGUCUCCUUCACCCGCCCCAGAAGUUCAGCCCAAGGAGCCCAAAAAGCCCAAAGCCAAAAAGGAAAAGCCUAAAAAGGAGGAAGUUCCUGAAGAAAAACCUGAGGAGCCGCUAGAGGUUACAGUUACAGAGGAAGAAGUUCCAGAGGAAAAGCCUGUCGAAGAAAAGGUUGAAAAGGUCAAAACCAAGAAAAAGGUACCAAAACUGAAACCUCAGGAUGAGGCUAAGGUCACCGAAGAAGUUGUUGAACAACCUGAAGAGCCUGAAGAAAUCCCAGUUGAAUACAAAAUUACCACUACUGUUAUGGAGCCCGAGGAAAUUCCCGAAGACUUUAAGGUCCGUGUUGUCGAUACUGACGAAACGAAGGUAACCACCGAGGAAUUAGUCGAAGAAAAGACAGUUAUUCGCAGAAAGAAAGUCAAACCACAGGCUCCUGAGGAGUAUGAGUUUACUGUUAAAGAACCCAAGCCCGAAUCGGAAGAGGAGGAGGAGCCCACUGCAGAGGCCACAUUUAAGAAGCCUGAGAAACCCGCUCCCGAGGAAUUCACUGUUGAAGAAACCAUUGCCCAGCCCCAAGUGGAAGAGUCUUCUGCCGAAGUAACUGUUAAAAAGAAGAAGCCCAAAAAGAAGGUUGUGGAAGAAGCCGAAGCCAAAAUUGAUGUUAAACUUGAGGAGCCAGUUGAAAAGGCGGAAGAAGAGCCAGUUUACGAUAUUUCUGUAAAGGAAACUGUUGAAGAAAAACAACCUGAAGUAAUCGAAGAGGUAAAGGAGGAGAAGCCCAAAAAGAAACCCAAAAAAGAAAAGCCAAUUGAAGAGUUCCCAAGCUAUGAAAUCAAAACAACCGAAACUGAACCCGAAAAACCUGUGGAAGUCGAAGAGGAAGAACCCGAAGAAGUCCAAUUCUCUGUUAAACCCAAAAAACCCGUGGAAGAAGUCGAAGAAUUCGAAGCUGCUAUCUCGCUAACGGAACCCAAACCCACGGAGCAAGUUGAAGUCGAAUCUAAAAUCAAGACCAAAAAACCCAAGAAACCCAAAGUUGCUAAGGAGGAAUCCGCUCAGCUCGAAGUUAAGGUAACAGAUACUGAAGAGAAACCAGAGGAGGAAGAAAUUGUCGAAGAAGAGCCCAAGCCAGUAGAGGUUAUUGAGGAAGCUCCAGUUGAAGAAGCACCUGAAGAAUACAAGAUUAAAUUGUCCGAAGAAGAGAAGGUGGAAGAAGAAGAAACGACAGAGGUUAAAGUUGUUCGCAAACCAAAGAAGGUGGAAGAAAAACCGGUGGAAGAACCGGAAGCUAAAUUUGUGCUCAAAGAAACCAAGCCUGAGGAACAAGUAACUGAGGAAGCCCACAUUAAAACGAAGAAGACCAAGAAGAAGCCCAAGCAGGAGGCUGCUGACGAAUUGAAGGUUACACUGAAGGAAGAGGUGCCAGUUGAGGAACCUGAAGUUGUUGAAGAAAUAGAAGAGGUCACACCCGUGCAAAAGGAAGAGAAGCCCAAGGAAACUCCCAAAGACUACGAAAUUAAACUGAAGGAAUACGAAGCGCCCAAGAAAGAAGAAGUUGUCGAGGAGAAGGAAAUUCCAAAACCAAAGGAGAAAUCUGUGCCAAAGGAAGAACCCGUGGAGGAAGUGAAGGUAGUUACCACAGUACCCACCGAAGAAGUUGAACAGGAGGAAACCAAGACCACAAAGAAGAAGGUUAAGAAACCUAAGGAAGAAGCUCCUAAAGAGCACACUAUCAAGGUCAUCGAAGAGGUAGUUGAGAAACACAAACCUGUGCAAGUCGAAGAGGAAGAGCCUGAGGAGGAAUUGCCAGAGGAAGAAAAGCCAGAAGAAAAAUACCCAGAAUACCAGGUUAAACUAACUGAAGAAAAUCCACAGUUCAUAACGGAAGAAACUGAGGAGCAAGAAGUAAAGAUUAUACGCAGAAAGAAACCAAAACCGCAAGUGGAACCCGAAGAGGAGGUUGUGCUCGCCCCCAAGAAACCUGUAGAAGAAGUCGAAGAGACCGAAGAAGUCAAGUUGCCAAAGAAACCCAAGAAACCUGUACAAGAGGAAGAUGUCGAAGAAAAGGUGGUAAUCAAGCAGCCUUCCGAAGCGCAAGAGGAAGUUGAAGAGGAAGAAAUCGUUGAAGAGGCCCCAGAAUACCAGGUUAAACUAACCGAAGAAAAUCCACAGUUCAUAACGGAAGAAACUGAAGAGCAAGAAGUAAAGAUUAUACGCAGAAAGAAACCAAAACCGCAAGUGGAACCCGAAGAGGAGGUUGUGCUCGCCCCCAAGAAACCUGUAGAAGAAGUCGAAGAGACCGAAGAAGUCAAGCUGCCAAAGAAACCUAAGAAACCCCUACAAGAGGAAGAUGUCGAAGAAAAGGUGGUAAUCAAGCAGCCUUCCGAAGAGCAAGAGGAAGUUGAAGAGGAAGAAAUUAUUGAAGAGGCCGUCGUGAGACGUAGAAAACCCAAGAAACCCGUUGAACCGCAAUACGAAGACCUCGAGGAAGAAGAGGUCAGUCUGGCCUUUAAGAAACCACGUAAGGUAGAUGACGAUGUUACCGAAGAGGCAAUAGUUGUUAAGAGACGACCAAAGAAACCAUUAACUCACGAUGAAGCCGAGGCCGAACUCCACGUUAAGCGUCAAGAAGAGUAUGAAGAAAGUGAAGACGUUGAAGAGUUCGUAGUGGCCAAAAAAGCCAAACGAAAACCACUACAGUUCACCGAGGAAGAUGACGAGGAAUUUACUCUCAAGAAGCAAACUAAGCCAGUAAUUGACGAAGGCGUUUCCGGAGAAGCCACCGUUCUUAAGAAGAGACCAAAGAAAGCACCGACACAUGAUGAGGCAGCUGCUGAACUACACAUUGUCCAGCAGCCUGAAGUGGAAGAGACUGAGGAUGUAGAAGAGUACAUUGUGCCACAAAAAAGCAAGACGAAACCAAAGCAAGUCACCGAAGAAGACGAGCAAGAAUUCACCGUUAAAAAAGAGAAAAAAAAGAAGCCGGAAAUUUCCGAAUUCACCGGCGUUGAAAAUGUCACUCUUCGUCCCAAGAAGACCACCACCAAGGAAGAAGUUGACCAAGAGUUCAGCAUCGCCCUGGAUUCCUAUGCAGAGGAAGAGGUCUCAAUGGAGGGCAAGAUCAAGCUUAAGAAGCCAUUGAAGAAAACAUACGGCGAGGAAGCCGGCGAAGCCAGCAUUAAGAUCAUGAAAGAUUACGAUGACGGCAAGGCUCCCAUAAUAGAGGAAAUCCCAGAUGACACCGACAUUCCCGAUGACAUCUUCGACGAAGAAGAAGAUGCCUAUCAUAUUGAGGAAUUACCACUGGAUGAAGUCGACAUCAAACUUAGGCCCAAGAAGGUAUCCGCCAAACCAAGGUACUCCAUACAAAACGAAGAAGAGGAACAAGUGCUUAUCGGUUUCCACCGUCCCAAGAGCGAUUCCGUGCAAUACGAAGAGGAUACGCUAGUCUUCAAAAAGAAGAAGAAGGUUGUGGAGCAGGUGUUCAAUGAAGAGGGCGCUUCUCUGAAUAUUACACGGGCAAUGGAUGUUGAAGAAUCUGGUGAAGAGAAUCUCAUGUUCUCAAUUUGCACCUACAUUGCCGACACCGAUGAAGCCAUUAAUUUGGUUGAAGGUGAAAAGGUCCUUGUCAUAGGCCGCCACAGCUCCGAGUGGUGGUUUGUUAGGAAGUGCACCACCGAGGAAGAAGGUUGGGUUCCCGCCCAAUAUCUCAUGGAGCCCGAGGAGUAUGUGCAAUAUGUGCAAAAGAAAUUGCACGAGAAGAUUGAUAAGUUGCCCGUGUUCGAGAGACCUGGACCGGCAGAGAAGCCAGUUGCUCCCAAAUUCAUUCAAAAAUUACAGCCCAUUCACACACCUGAAGGCUAUACGGUGCAAUUGGAAUGUAAGGUGGAAGGUGUGCCUCGCCCACAAAUCACCUGGUUCCGCGAGACCGCAGUCAUUAAACCUUCCCAGGACUUCCAGAUGUUCUACGAUGAUGAUAAUGUGGCAACUUUGAUUAUACGUGAAGUGUUUGCCGAAGAUGCUGGCAAAUUCACUUGUGUCGCAAAGAAUGCUGCUGGUUUUACCUCGACCACCACCGAGGUCACCGUUGAGACUGUGACAUCAGAAAAUGCCUCUGAUCGCAAGAGCAUAUCGCGCGAAUCGUCUUUGGUGGAUAUCCUUGAAGGUAUACCACCUACGUUCUCACGCAAACCCAAGGCUCAAUAUGUCGACGAGGAUUCAGAUGUAGUGUUGGAAUGCCGUCUAGUGGCUGUGCCCGAACCUGAUGUUGUAUGGUUCUUCAAUGACGAGGAGAUUGACUCCAAGGUUACUAAGAAUGUCACCAUUGUCACUGAAUCUGACAUGCACAUGUAUUCCACUGUGGUCUACAUCAAGAAGGUUAAGAAGUUCCAAGAAGGCACUUACGAGGUCAUUGCCACAAAUCGCGAAGGCGAGGCUCGCCUACCAAUCAAACUGAAGGUGCGCACGAAGGACAAGGAACCACCAGAGGUAUUGGAGCCUUUGCGCAACAUGGUAAUUCGCGAAGGCGAUAGUGUUGUGCUGUCCACACACAUUGUGGGCAAUCCCACUCCCAGGAUCACCUGGUACAGGAAUGGUAAACCACUGAAGGGUGACACAAAAUCCGAAAAUGGUGUCCAUUCAUUGACUCUAAUAUCCCCAAAGAGAGAAGAAACCGGAGAAUAUACUGUUAAGGCUGAAAAUCCUUUAGGAAGCGUAGAGACCACCGCCAAUCUUACUAUCGAAGAACCCCCAAGUGGCAACGGAGAACCUCCGCUAUUUGUUGAACGCUUUGAGGAGCAAAGUGUUAAACCAAAGAGUACCAUUAAGCUUGAGGCCAAGGUUUCUGGUAACCCAGUGCCCGAAGUGAAAUGGCUCUUCAACAAUAAUCCCCUGGAGCCCGAUGAUCGUAUAACGCAGAAAUACGAUGGUGAGAAUAUUGAACUUACUAUCAAGAAUGCCAAUCCCGAAGUCGAUUCUGGCGACUAUAAAUGUAUUGCCAGCAAUCCUCUGGGGAAGACCUCGCAUGGCGCUCGAGUCAUUGUUGAAGUGGAUAAGGUCACAUUCACCAAGAAGCUCAAGGCCAAGAUUACAAUUGAAGAAAUUCAAUCUUUGACCUUGGAGUGCGAGACAUCUCAUGUGGUUACCACCAAAUGGUUCUUCAAUGGCAAGGAAUUAAGCGGCAUGGAUCACAGAGUGGUUGUCGAAGAGGGUAAAGUCCAUAAAUUGGUCAUUAAGAAUACCAAUUUGAAGGACAGCGGCAAAUAUGUUUGCAAGGUAAAGAACCAAGAGACCCAAUCCACGGUUGAAGUCUUGAAACGCAAACCCGAAUUCAUCAAACCUCUGGAGGACGAAGAAGUUACUGAGAAGGACACAGCCAUUUUGGAUGUCGAAAUUACCACCGAUGUUCCCGAAGUUCAAUGGUUCAAGGACGGCGAGAAACUUACCCCUGAAAAGAAGAACAUCGACUUCAUCAAGGACGGCAAGGUUCAUCGCCUGCUGAUUCGCGAUGCCACCAAACACGACGCCGGCGAGUACUCAUGCAAGUUUGAGGACCAAAUGUGCAAGUGUGAAGUCAGAGUUAUUGAGUUGCCGCCCGAAAUUGUUAAACCUCUGCAAGAUGUGACCGUGACCGAAGGCGAGACUGCUACAUUCACCGUUGAACUCGACAAAGAGGAUGCUUUGGUCAAAUGGUUCAAGGAUGGCAAGGAAUUGCCCCUUAAUGAUCGUGUACAAAGCUCCAUUGACGGCAAGCGCCAAAAGAUCACCAUUAAGAAGGCCAAGCCUAGCGAUAUGGGUGAAUAUUCCGUAAAGGUGGGAGAGCACACCUCAAAGGCCAAGUUGACCGUCGAAGAACCUCUGGUUGAGUUUGUUCUGCGACUACCUGAUGUCACAUUGGCCACCAAGAACUCGGAUGCCGAGUUCAAGGUCGAACUCUCCAAACCCGAUGUUGAUCUCACAUGGUUCAAGAAGGGCAAACCCAUUAAGCCCAACAAGAAACAUGAAGUUUUCGUUGAAGCCACUGUCAGACGCCUGGUUAUACACAAUGCCGAUGACGAUGAUGCCGGCGAAGUCAGUUGUCAAGCUGCAAAUGUUACUUCAAGAACGAAUUUGUGCGUGGAAGAGGUAAAGACUGUACCCAUCAUCACAUCGGACAAGGAGCAAACCGUAAAGGUGAAGGAAAACGAAGAUGCCACAUUCACUGUCAAAUAUACUGGCUUGCCACAGCCCGAGGCUGAAUGGAGCACUUCGAAGAAGGUUAUUGUUAAAUCGAACAGACUGAUACCCACCAUUGAUGAGCAAUCGGCAACGUUGACCAUUAAGAAGGUGGUAGAAGAAGAUGAAGACAGCUACACUCUUAGAUUGAAGAAUCCAGUGGGUGAAGCUGAGGCUAGCCUUCAUUUGGUUAUUAUGCGCAAACCUUCGGCUCCUGGUACUCCACAACCUUUGGAAGUAAUGCACGAUUCCAUUACCUUAUACUGGAAGGCUCCCGAAGAUGAUGGCAAGGCUGACAUUGAAGAAUACAUUUUGGAAUACAAAGAUGUUAAGACUGAAAAAUGGACUGAAAUUCGCAAGAUUAAGGACACUACUUAUACUCUGACUAAAUUGAAGGUGGACACCGAAUACGUGUUCCGUUCCAUUGCUGUCAACGAAGUUGGUCCUUCUCCUCCAUCGCCUAUGUCUCCUCCCAUCCGCUUGGUAGCCCAAGUGAAGAAGGAAAAGCCUACAGUUCAAGAGCCUCUGCAAGAUAUCACCACAGAGCCCAACAAGGAGAUCACACUGUCGUGUGUAUUCGGUGGUGUACCCGAGCCUAAGGUUGUUUGGAAGAAGAACGGCAAGGUCAUUGAGACCACCACAACGAUGACAUAUGAAAAUCGCGUUGCCAAAUACAUCAUCAAAAAGGCCACCACAGAAUGGGAAGCCGAAUACACUUGCGUUGCCACCAAUGAGGUGGGCAGCGUCGAAACCUCAUGCUAUCUCAUCAUUCGAGAGAAACCCACCGUGGAUAUUGAAGAGAAAUAUUUGACACAGAAAUUACGCGCUUCCACAAACUUAACCAUUCCAGCUACCAUCAAGGGCUAUCCCCAACCCAAGGUCACUUGGUACAAGGAGACCACAGUCAUUAAGAAAUCCAAACGUCAAACCAUCGAAACAACAGAGACCAUUACGACACUAAGCGUCGAGAAACUGACACGUGAAGACAGUGGCCGCUAUAAGAUUGUCGCCGAAAAUGAUGCUGGCUCUAGCAGUGUGGAAUGUGUGGUUCAAGUAAUCGAUAGACCUAGCCGACCACAAUCUCUAGUUGUUAAGGACAUUAAGAAAGACGCGGUUGACUUGGAAUGGACACCACCGACAGAUGAUGGUGGCAUGGAAAUCAACAAAUACAUUUUGGAAAAAUGUGAAACACAGAACAAGGUCUGGAUGAAGGUUUCCGACUUUGAUAAGGACACAACCUCCUAUACUGUACAAAAACUUGCUAUGAAUUCCCAAUAUAUGUUCAGAAUAGUUGCGGCUAACCCCAUUGGCGAAUCUGAACCCACAGAAAGUGAGACUGUAACGAUAACAAAGAAAUUCGACAAACCAUCUCCACCCAGAAAACCAAUCGAUGUUUCGGGCAUGAACGACACCUCCUUCACAUUGUCAUGGGAAAUUCCCGAAAGCGAUGGUGGCUCCAAGAUCAUCGAAUACAUUGUUGAAAUUAAGGAAUUCCAAGAAAAAGAAUAUAGACUUUUCGGCAGUACAAAGGGCAAUACACCAAACAUUCGCAUAACAAAUGUGGUCAAGAACAAAGCCUACACCUUCAGAAUAUAUGCCAAGAAUGAAGUGGGCGUGAGUGAGGCACUUGAGACUGAUGAAAAGAUUGUUGUCACCCGUAAAAUUACCGAUGAAGAUAGAGCAAAAAUUGCUCCCCCCUCGCCUCCUCGCAAUCUCAGAUGUCCGGAUAUUACAAACAGAAGUGUUACACUCGAUUGGGAAACACCUGCACACAAUGGUGGUUCUGAAAUCACUGGUUAUUGUGUUGAAAAACGUUCGGCUACAUCCUCAACAUGGGCUCCUGUCAUCACAUUGGAUGCCAAUUGCUAUCAAUACACGGUAGAUAAUUUGCAAGAAAAAUCGGAAUACUGGUUCAGGGUAUCAGCAGAAAACGUUGCCGGCAUGGGUGCUCCAGCGGUAACAGAUAGUGUGGCAUUGAAAACACAUGCAACGGUUCCAUCACCCCCAACAGCUCCUCUUGAGGCUAGAGUUAUUGGAGCUAAUACUCAUGUCUUUGAAUGGGGCAUGCCAGAAUCGGAUGGUGGUGCACCACUAUUGGGUUAUCACAUUGCUAUCAGGGAUAUGAAGAAGAGUAUGUGGAUUGAAGUUGGCCGAGUGCCAGCCGGUGUCCAUAGAUUCCAAAUUAAAGACAUGCAAGAGAAACACAACUAUAAGAUUCGCAUCUUUGCCAAGAAUGAAAUUGGUCUCAGUGAACCCUUGGAAUCUGAGGAACCAUAUCAUGUGGAAACAUCUGGUCAUCCAACGCUGCCAGAAGAAGAACGCACUGAAAUGAGUUCGUGUAAUACAUCAUCCUGGUUACGUAUGCAUCAUAUGGUUGCUGAUAUUCACUCCUAUGCACGCCAACAGUUGUUGCGACAUGACGAAUACUUCUUCCGCGUUUGGGCCAAUUUGCCUGGAAGCCAGAAGCGUCCCCCAUUGCAAAGGAGUAAAUCAGUGACCACAGACCAUCUCAUGAAGAUCAAAGCAAAAAAGAACUAAAAAUACUAUAAAUAACCGAACUAGUAACUGAAAAAUCAUAAAUGAAUUUGUAAAAAAAAAAAACCAAAAACAAGAAACAAACACUGGAAAGGAAAAAACUAAACGAAACUACUAAUACUACAAUAAUAGGAGAAACAAACCAAAAAUUUAAUUCGUAAUUUAAAGUAUAGCCUUAGAAUUUUUCUACUUUUAAAUUGUAUUAAAAAUUUAAUUAAACUAUCCUAAUUUUCAUUUUUCAUAGAGUUUAAGCGUAAUUCAGAAUUUUUUGUGAAAAUUGCACAAUGUCCAUUGCCUUGCCUUGCGAACAAAUCGAUACGGAACAUCUAGCAAGGAAAAAGUAAUAAUCCCCAAAAAUUUGACUUGCGUUCAAGCCGAUGCCAUCUGUUGCGUUCACGGAAGUUUUGGAAAAAAUGCGAGCGAAGAGUUAUUUUCCAUAGCUUUGCGUCAACGAAAACAGUCUACAAGCAAGGCAGGCAUUGUGCAAUUUAAAAGAAUUCUUACAUCAUUUAUAUAUGAAUAUUUAAAAGUGUUAAAUAUUUUUAUUUUUUGUUGUUUUUUUUUAAUUACUACCUUUUAGACUUUUCCGCUAUUUUUUUUUUUUUGUUCAUUUCUUUUUAAUUUUAAACUGUGAUAAAAUUUCAAAAAUCACAAAACAAAACCAAACGAACCCACCAAUUGCAAAAUGCAAUAAUUUUGAGAAUGAAAAAAACAAAAACAAAUACAAAAUGUGCAAUCUCCAGAAUGACAAGAGCUUCGACAAUGUGUUUAUUUCAAAACAGAUCGCAUACACUAAUGGUGCGACUUGUGUAUGUGCAUUUCGAUGAAGUAAAUGCAUGGCGAAAUUAAUGUUGCCACUUUGGAAUAAUCCCCGACGACCAUAGAUAUCUUUAUUUCAAUGUAAUAUUUAUCACGAGAAGUUGGUACAUCAAAUGCAUAUUUUCAACCUAAGACAUGAACACUAUUGUAAUAUAAAUUAAAAGAUAUUACAAGAAGUAAAUAAACGAAUUUUAAUAAAACCUAAA